GCCUGCCACGUGACCGCAAUGGAAUGCAAACAAUGCGGCGAACGUCCAAGUCCGUCCCGCUGCAUUCUAUCGGUUGUGCCCAGUUGGGAAGACGGGGAGGGGGGUGGAAAGCAAACCAGAGACCUGCCAAGCGUACCCCCAACUACAGGCCGGACUGUACCAAGUCGGACCCGAUCUCCCCCAGACCGGUAAUGUGCCAGUUGUCACGUGUGGGUAUUCCCCGCGCGACAUGUUAAUGACACGUAAACCCGCGGUGCUGAGCGUUCCACACUAACCUUUAGUCUAGGUGCGCUGACAGCAUGGCUGCACGGAUUAACCCCCUGCAUGCCGGCACAUUGUAACCCCCUGAUUGAGACAAUACAUGGCUGUGCUUCUUUACCCUCUGUAUACAGCAAUGCUGUGCUCCUUUACCUCUGUAUACAGCAAUGCUGUGCUCCUUUACCUCUGUAUACAGCAAUGCUGUGCUCCUUUACCCCCCUAUACAGCAAUGCUGUGCUCCUUUACCCCCCUAUACAGCAAUGCUGUGCUCCUUUACCCCCCCUAUACAGCAAUGCUGUGCUCCUUUACCCCCUGUAUACAGCAAUGCUGUGCUCCUUUACCCCCUGUAUACAGCAAUGCUGUGCUCCUUUACCCCUGUAUACAGCAAUGCUGUGCUCCUUUACCCCCUGUAUACAGCAAUGCUGUGCUCCUUACCCCUGUAUACAGCAAUGCUGUGCUCCUUUACCCCCUGUAUACAGCAAUGCUGUGCUCCUUUACCCCUGUAUACAGCAAUGCUGUGCUCCUUUACCCCCUGUAUACAGCAAUGCUGUGCUCCUUUACCCCCUGUAUACAGCAAUGCUGUGCUCCUUUACCACUGUGUACAGCAAUGCUGUGCUUCUCUACCCCCUGUAUACAGCAAUGCUGUGCUUCUCUACCCCCCCCUGUAUACAGCAAUGCUGUGCUUCUCUACCCCCCCUGUAUACAGCAAUGCUGUGCUUCUUUACCCCCCCAUACCGCAUGUCUGCGCUCCUUUUGACCCUGUAUACCGCAUGUCUGUGCUCCUUUUGACCCUGUAUACCGCAUGUCUGUGCUCCUUUUGACCCUGUAUACCGCAUGUCUGCGCUGCCUUUGACCCUGUAUACCGCAUGUCUGCGCUGCCUUUGACCCUGUAUACGGCAUGGCUGCGCUCCUUUGACCCUGUAUACCGCAUGGCUGUACCCUGUACCAAGUGCGUUUCAAACUUCCAAUUGUGUUUUGCCAUUCAAAGGAUCAUGGGAGUUAUAGUUUGACAGCUGAGUAAAUCCAACUUUAGUAACCACUGCUUGUAACAGGCACUGUUCUUACAUUAUGUAGUAGCUGGUGUAAUGGGAAUAAUAGUCCACUGCAACAGCAGGGGUGCACACGAUUAGCUUUCUCUGUUGUAUGUAGAACCAGUUUGAUUCUAAUAGAUUUAAUUGAUGUUCAGGUGUGAAUAGCCUACACGCUAAUGUUAUUUGUAGUGAAACAUUAUACAUAUUACAGUGCAUGGUAGAGCUACUUGCAAACCCUCUCACUUGAGAAGUACACUCAGCAAUCCAAGGCAUUCUACUUCAUAUUUUCCUUAUUAAAGCAGAUCUAUUAAGUUUGGGUAUUUUAUGAAUCUUGCCUCAUUCUGUACACAUCAACUAGAGUUUUAACAAACAGGAAAUACAUGUAUUCGUAUUUCUUCAUACCAAUAAGUAGCGUGUUUGAAGAAGAGUUCUACUCUGGAAGCAAACAUUUUCUCAUGUAAUAUUCUCCAUCACUAAUGGCAGAUCAUGUUGUUUUUUUUUUUUUUUUUUUCUCAUGCUCUGAUUGGUAUAUGAACGCAAAGAAUAUGUGGCGAAAAUAACUAUCUAAUUGCAAUUCCUUUGUAAUUGAGUGAUGGUAAAAAAAAAUGAAAUAUGGUUGGUAUUCUUCUGGUGACUUGCGACAGUGCUACAUAGUUAAUUUUGGCCAUAGAGAUGAUCUGUGUCCUAACUUUACAAAACACAUCCAGAAGAGAGAAUAUAUACCACCCAUUGUUUAUUUUUUCCUUUUAAGAGUUAAAAUCCAAAUUAUAACACAUUUUCUUUAAAACUUGUAUUAGUGGGACAAUAUUUGGCAUACUGCACUUGGGAACAAAAUUAUAUACAAAAAGUCUUUAGAUUCCCUUACAUACAAAAAGAUAAUCGUAAACAGGACAUACUGUUUAUAGAAUUAAUGCUCUUUCAAAUCCUAAAUCUAUUGCAGAAAAAAAAUAUUAAACACAAGCAGCUAAACUGUUCGAAAAGCUAUAGAAAAUGCUAUUUAAAAUGUCAUGUCUUCACUAGCUGCUGUUGAUUGUACGAGGGGGCUCCAUAAAGUGGCUAUGUCACACAUAAUGUGAGUCCUGUUAAUAAUUUUAUCUUUACGUUGUGCUUGCUAGAUGUAAUUCUUAAAAAAUAAAGAUGGCGUGCAUGUCUGAAUCCCUUUUUAUUUGUAAUGACUUGAAUUUGAUGUCUAGAAAUUUUUAUUUUUUAUUUUUUUUUCUUCAUUCCUUAUACAAAGAACAAAUAUGUUGUGGAGUUCUAAAAUUGGAGCAUUCAGUAGAAACCUUUCAUUUUGUUUACUUUUUUAUUGCACCACUCAUUUUUAAGUUUGUCUCACAAGAUCAUUAGAUAUAAGCCUCUAUGUACCUUCUAAUUUAGUAAGCAGUUAGGGACAUUUUUUUCCCCCCCAGCCAAAUAAGUUUUCAAUGCUUAUAUCUGAUGUGUGAUGUUAAGUAUUUAAAUAAAUUUUUUUUUUUUAAAUUCCAGUCCUCUGUUUAAUGUAUAACGUGUGGUUUAACAGUACUGACAUGGCUCUGUGUAGUUGGCUGGGCCCUAUUUAUUCCUAUUGCAUGAGCAGGCACAUGGUUUUUUUUUUUCUCUCUGUACUGAUCAGACUGUAAAUUCUCCCCAGCUUGGAAUGUGCCUCUGUGACUGAGGAGUUGACGCCAAGAGGAAAAAGGAGGCGGUGGAAGAGGAGGCGGCCGUAGCAGGACUUGGAGCAACUUCCCAAAGAGAGAGGAACCAUCGUUUUCUUUUUGUUUUUUUGUUUUUCCUGGACUUCCAUAGCAGUCUUCAAAGAUCAUGUCUCUAACUUGCAAAGGAAGAUGAGAUUAAAUGGAGCUCGGAGAGUUAAAGUCUAAGAAUGCUGCCAAGGUAAGGUAUGCGGCCGCUUAUUCUUUCGCAAUGUGUCUUGUUUCGACUGGAACUUUAAACUGACUUGUCAACAAACUGCACAUUUCCUAUACCUCUUAUUGGGAGGAAGGUGUUGUGUGAGGCACAGGUAAGUGUGCAAAGGCACAUACUCUUAAGAUUGCAUGAGGUUUCUGAUUUUGUUUCAUGUAAAUACAGUCAGAGGGGGAGAGAUUAAACAUUUCUUUACUUGUGUUCCUUUCAAGCAUUGGUUGGGUAGUCGGAAUAAUCAGACUAGUUACUAAAAUCCAGCUGACAAUCCCUCUGCCAAUUCAUUGCCUUCUCAUAGGAAAGCAUUGGAAUGCUGUUGCGCAAGUGCAGCAAAACAAUGCGCCAGUUAACAUCUCCUGGUAGAGUUGCAUUGAAUCAAUGCAUCUCUAUAGGGAACGUUCAGCACCUCCAUGAGCUAAUGGAGACGCUGAACGUCAGUGCUGCACACUGUGACUGCCACUAGAGGUGUUCCUAGGCAGCACUGUAAAUGUUGCCUUGCCUCUAAAAAGGCAGUGUUUACAGUGCUUAACCUGCAGUGUCAGGUUAUAGACUCCAGAACCACUACAUUAUGCUGUUAAGGUUCUGGUGACUAUGGUGUUCUCUUUUCUAACUUUUGUUUUUAUAGUCUUUAUGAACUAUAUUUGACCUAAUGCUCACCAUGGGCAAUAUGUUUUAACAUUGGAAAUUUGGUGGGUGUAAUACUUUAAAAAAACAAAACUCUGCAUGUAUUUAUUUGCUGUCGAUGCCCAUAACCGUUGAUGUUUAAUGUGCUAAAUACUUUAGUGGCAUACUAUUUCUAACCCUUGGUGGAAGAAGGGGGCACAUAACAUGGCAACAUGUUAAUUAUAGUACAAGGCAUUGUUAUAUAAUGAAUUGGGCCUAGAUUGUUUUAUGCACUCAAACCACUCAAAAUCAUUUAGGGGAAAGCGGAAUUUAAAAAACAAAAAAAGAUAUUCUAAAAGAAAAGGGAGUAGUACAUUGAAUAGUCUUGUAUCCUGUGUUUUUUAGUGUAAUUGGGUAAGUGUGACCAUUGGUAUGCAGAGCACAGCUGGUCACUCGAAUUCUGCAGUUAUGAGUAAGUCUUGUUUUUGUUGGAUGCUUGAGGUUUAAAUAGAAGGGAAUUCUGUGCUUUCUGUCUACUGCACAAGUAUUCUUACAGCGAUUCUUAAACUGUUUUAACUCCUUUGGCAGGUCUUCUAUGGAAGAAAGUAAGAUGUGUUGUAGAUACAGUUACAGUAACAUUGUAUAUGUUGACCUCCUGCAAUGUACAUUGUCUGUGUGCAAGAAUGUUAGGCAGCAUGACAUUCUUGCCCAGAUGUGCACAUAACCCAUAUCACUGAACCUUAUAUGCUUUUUGUAUAAGUGAAAGAGGGUAUCCAGAAUCAUUAUCACAAUACAACUUGUAGCUCAAGGGUCCAAAUAUCUGGUUAUUGGAGGUCAUUUAUAGGGGCAUAGGAAUCAGAUCAAAGAUCAAACGUUAAUAAGCAUAGAUUCGGUACAUUGUAUUUUUUUACCAUGAAUAAUUAACCUGCAAUGCACAUAAGUUUGGUUUACAAAGAAAGAACCAAAGGUUAAGUGUUGAACAAAAUUUGGCUAUAAUAGAUCCCUUUUAUGACGGGACAAUUGAUGGAAAAUUUGAUAAGGUUCUCCUAUGUAUCCCCCAAAUUAUCACAAAAUUUAAGUUAUCUUUAGGGCUCACCAAAAAAAGUGGGUGUAGGGAUAGAGGGGGCAGGAUUCUUAAAUGUCUUGAAGCAUGAAAAACUGUCUUUGAUACGGUGGUAAAUCACCUCCUAUAUUUUUACUUCUGAUUACACAUGCAUAUGUGUUAAGUAAUUGACAUUCCAAAAUUAAAUGAGACAAUCGAUGAAGAAAGCCCCGCUUUAAAUGAGCUUACACUCUGAGCAAGGUAUCAAAACACUCGAGAAAUUAUAGCAUGUCAGACAGGGAAGAAGGACUGAUGGAUAAGAUGCCUGGUUUAAAAUAAACUCGUAAAAGUGGAGAAAAUUUGUAAACUUUUAAUUGGGGGGGAUUUGUUUCUGACCAUUUACCUCUAAAACGCCCCACAAGGUCUGAUUUGGGGACUUGGUGAUUAGAAAUUGGGAACUAGAAACUUGUGAUAUAUUGAGACAGUAUAUAGUGAUUCUGAUUUGAUCUACCCAAUAAUUUGGUGUAAUAGUAUAUGCAGUAACAACUUCUACAAAAAUCAUUAAACUCCUUCAAGUGUCAAGGUUUUGAGAAGGCACUAAGGAAGCUAAAGUUGCUACUUAUAGUGAACCUUAUUUGUGGACAUUUUCUGAAGCCUGAUUAAACCACCGGGUUAAUGUGAUGCUGUAUUAAGGACAAUAGAAUCUAUCUGUUCAGUGACAAUGUGGCUCCUGGUAUUCUUUUUCACACAUUUUGGCAAUAAUGUUCAUGUUUGUUAUUGUGCUCUGUCCUUACUUUGUCACAGGCAUAGUUGUCUACACAGUGAUAUGUAAUAUUUUUCUUCAUCUCCGUAUUGCUUCUAUAGAAAAUACAUUUAUACUUUUUUUUUUUACAUUUUGUUUUUGCAAAAUGUUCCACAGUGUGCUCGCAUUUAAUCUGCAUGCUAAAAUUGUAUUUGGUAGCUCCUUUGCUAAUGGGCUUCCAAUCUGAAGUUAAUAAUGUUAUAUAUUGUCUUUCAGAUUGAGAAUGAAAAUCUCUCUGUGUGGUGCUGCCAAAUCGCACAUCCUGUGAUACAGUAACGGACAGUUUUGCAGGCAGCAUGCACAGAGUAAUCUGGCAUCGAUCAUAGCGGCGUAGUAAAUGUGUAUGUGGGAGUAAUCUGUAUCAACAAUGAGGCCAAAGACUUUCCCCGCAACUACAUAUUCUGGAAACAGCCGACAGAGACUGCAAGAAAUUCGAGAGGGACUUAAACAGCCAGCCAAACCUCCAGCUCAGGGUUUACUAGCUGGCCCCCCCAAUGAGAUUCUGUUGGACCCGAAAGUUCUGCAUGGCAAAGAGUCAACAAGGCAGCAGCAACAACUUCGGCAGCCAGCCAAGUUUGCACCUUAUCAGAAGGCUUUGCGAGAGAUCAGAUACUCGCUGCUGCCAUUUGCCAAUGAGUCAGGAAGUCCAGCUGCUAUUGAAGUGAAUCGGCAAAUGCUGCAGGAGCUGGUGAAUGUGGGUUGCGAUCAGGUAUGCUAUGUCCUGUUUUUUUCUUUGAAAUACAUCAUGAUGUACAAGACGCAUGAUGUCCAAUAUAGCAGCAGUUAACAGCUGUAGAUUCAUCGACCUGAUGUUAACAAUCUGCAAUAGGGAUGAUCUUAAUACUGGUCACCUUUGGUAACUUUUUUGAGUAUUUCAUUAAAAGAACACUAUAGGGUCAGGAACACAAAUAUUGUAAAAUCUUACCUUUUAUUACAGUCUGCUGCUAGCUUUGCCCCUAAUCUGCCUGCUUGGCUGACAUAAUCAGAAGUGGUGAUCUCAGCCAAUCACAAUGCUUUCCCUCCUGGCUGAGAUUGUCAAGGAGGCAGAGCCAGUAGAAGCCAAACAGCAUCUCUUGAAUCAAUGCAUCUCUGAAGGAAGUUCAGUGUCUGCAUGCAGAAGGCAAAGACACUGAAUGGCAGUGCUGCAUCUCUAGUAGCCAUCUGAGUAGUGGCCAGUGGAACUAUCCUUAGGCUGUAAUGUAAACACUGCAUUUUCUCUGCAAAAAAGCCUGUUGGCAAUUAUUAUACUGAUCAGAACAAAUACAAUAAGCGGUAGUUGUUCUAGUGGCUAUAGUGUCCCUUUAAGAUUACUUGUUUAUGAAAUACUCAUGUUGGCAUUCCAUUGAAAUUCAACUGCAUUCAAAAGAUACCAUAAGAGAAAGAAAGGGACUACUUUGUUUUAGGGGCAAACACCAAGCUGAUAGAGGACUGUGUUUUCACUGUAAACUUCUGUUCAUUUUCUGAAGGCUAGAUCUAUGGUUUAUCCGAUGGAAUUGUCAUUAGACCCCAGUGUGGCACCAUGUUGCAUAUACUAGAUCACAGCAGUGAAUUGGGCUCCUGGCACAUAAAGUGCUAAGAGUCAAGGAAAGAUGAUAGGGGCGCUUUAGGCUUUACCUUCACCUUUGAGCUGAUGCAUUGCAAUCAUGUCACCUUCCAAAUAAAUAGGUGAGUAUGCACACAAGGAAUGAGGCUCGGUCAGCCCCCACUGCCAGAGCACUGACUGUCCACGUCUCCAGAGCACCAUCCAAUGUAUGGGGAACUGCUAAUCCCCUUAGUAAGAAAUUCUAAAUUAGAAGGAAUUGGAGGGCUACACUGGGUUCUGUGCAAUUAAAAUGCCAUGCUUUUUUAUUAGGUCGGAGGUAAGAGGCUUCUGAUUUCUUCAAAUUUUAGGCAUUUCAUCUUUUGGCGCCUUUGCAAAAUAAGCAAAAACCCCUGAAAGUGACAAAUCUGCUUUAAACUUGGUUCUUAUCCACUGGGGAGCCACUGAAAUUUCCUAUUGCUAAAUGAACGGGCACCACUCUCCCUAAAGUGAAUUUUCUGAACAAACUUUGGAAGCUUGGGGAUGUUAAGGUGUUAAAGCCCUCGACAUUUAACAAUAUGAGAGCCCCACCACGAUGUCCGGUCACUAAAGUGACAGGAGAAAGCAAACAGAGAGGAAAGAAGGAUCAGAGAUAGAAGGGCCCGCCUGUAUCUUAAUCAAAUUACAGAAAAAUAUUUGAAGUAUUUCUUAUCAGGAGUGGGCCCCUCAGCCUUUCAAUGCCAAAAUCAUUUCACAAUAAGAUGAUUUAUAUUAUGCUAUAAUGCAACAGUGAUAGGGAGAGAAAUUAAAAAAUGUAACCACUGAAAAGCCAAGUAUUUUAUUUAUGUCCAUGAUACUGAAGUAACAAGCUGUCUAUUCAUCGGAAUAAUGGAACUUAUGACCACAAUUAGACCAGUGAAAGAGGGGUGGUUAAGUAUUUAGCACAUGCCAUUAUGUGACUACAUGUCUCAUAAAACUUUGCAUGCCAUUGGCUGUAUUCUCAUAUAGGAGUUAGAUCUGUCUUUGUCUUUGAUGUUCCUUUGGAGUACCAAACAGACUGGAGGAAUACGAGAUAGACCUGCACUCAAAAAAAAAAGUCAAUUUCACACAAAUUAUUUUUUUAGGUCAUUGUCACAAAUGAAUGUGUGUUUUGUUUUAAAGGCAUACUCCAGUAAUAACAAAUAACAGCUUAGUUGAUGAAUCCCCAAAGAGAAUAUGCAUACAGUUUGUUUUUCAUGUUUUUUUUGUUGGCGGUAUAUGAAAUCUUAACUUGCUGUAGUUCUAGUAUCUAGAGUUGCAGCAAGUCCUCCCCUUCUUCCCCAGCCCAUACUUUGUGGCUGUUCAAAUCACAGGCUUCCCAGUGCAGCUCAAUGAGAAGUCUUUGCAAGGCAGGCGCUCUGGGCAGUUAACCUACCUCUUGCAUUUAGAUCCACUGAGCUAACCAAACCAGGAAGUAACAGGAUUAAUUACAAAAGCAGAUAAAUACUUUUAUUGUUUAGUAGGUCUUCUACAAAAGUCCUUGUGACGCAAAAGAUGCACCCUUCACAACUGAUUAUAUUUUUUUAAGUUAAAUUGUCCAGAUUCCACAGUUGGAGAUAAAUACAAUUGCGUUUCUCUCCCAUGCAGGCUGUAAUCCCCCAGCAUUCCAAAGUGGAGUGCUUUUAAACCUCCAGGACUACAUUCUGCUAGUCUAAAAUAAUGGAUGCAACAUUUUCACGAUAAGCUGUGCCUGUGCCCGGUUGAUCUUGCAAUGUGCGUUACAGUUUUGUCUUGAAUUUCAAGUACUUGCUUAUCUUUAUUUUUAUUGAUCAAAUUCCACAAUCCUUUGAAGUAUGUGUCAUGUGUUUAUGUUUUUGCUAUGUUAUGAAAUCAUUUUUUCCCCCUCUUUGGAAGCGUUGGUGCACCAUGAGCUAUGGUGACAGCAAAAUAGUAGCAUGACUGAUUUUUUUUUUUUUUUUUCUCUACUUAUAACUAAUAACUAACUGCCCAUUAGCCCACUUCUUCACAUUGCAAUACAUUUAUAAAACCACAUCCAGUGUGUGUCUCAAAUUCUUGAAUAUUGACAUUCAGAGACAAUCCAUUGCUCUUUAAUGAGGACUGGAUAGAAAUCAAUUUUUGCCUGCUUAUAGCCAUGUUUGUCAAAAGACAGGUACUAAUAUUUCUAUAAAAAAUACUUAUAAAAUACUUUUAUAGUGGUCUUAUCGUGAUAUCAGGGGUCCAUUGAAAGGACUGGUCACUAAAUCAGAUGCGCGGAAAUGUAAAAAGUGUGCCAUUCCAAUUUUUUUUUUUUUUCUUUCUCCGUCAAGAGCCGUUAAUACUUUUUCAAUUGUAAAUUAUUUCUUUGUAAGGUCGGCUGUUUACUAUGGCCACAGAAGUACAGUAUAUCUAUUUUAUGCCCACACUUUUUUAGUACCAGUAUUUAGACAUUGCUGUGUUGUGCAUGCCUGUAACAUAUAGGUCGGCCACUGUCUUAUUCAGCAAUUAACCAAUCCCAAAAUCCAUUGCUUGCUAGUCAUCACUGAUACACAAUUUAUUUUGAGAAUCUCUUCCACACCUCCUAAUCUUGUACAAUACAGGUUCUCUUUAAAUUAUAUGUAGUUCCUCCUGUUCAUUAGUCAUCGUCCUUACACAAGACUUGCAUAAUUUGGUUUCUGUAACCUAUAAAAGAGGCAUAGUUUAGAUUUGCAAUCCCGGCAAAUAUAUAUAAUGAUUUGCCACAGUUGGAAUUCAAUCUAAAUGUAAUGUAAACGAACUGAUGAGAAUGUUUGUUUCUUUCUGAUAGCAAGGACCACAAACAAUGCAUGGCAUUCAAAAUAUGAUUGUACCCAUUGUGGGUAGUUGGUGGUUUCAGGUCAAGUGAGGAUUCUGUUCGAUAACAAAUUUGACUUUCUUGAUUAAUUUCUGUUGGAAGUGCCUCAGUUGUUAAGAGGAUUUUCACAACAAGGACAUUUCAUCUUUACUUGAAAACUAUUUUUUUUUAACCCGAAUUAGACAUGUAAAAAAACUAAACUGCGGCUUAUAUUUUAAGGAAACCCUGGCUAUAUGUUAUUGUAGUGAUUAUGGUGCAAUAAGUCUUUAAAUGGCACUUGAUAGGCUGUGCGUGCAGGGCUCAGAUGCCUCCGAUGUUAAUAGCGUUUUCAGUUAGAACAGAUUUAAAUGGAUAACGCAGAAAAUGAAACUUUCAUAUUCUAUGUGUAUUAAGUGAGUGUUUGGACAAACACACUUAUUUAUUUAUUUAUUUUUGGGGGAAACGGUUAGCCUCCCAUUUUCAGUCAAACCAUCUAAUGGCAUUCAGCGACUCCUUGCACCAUUACAAUAAUCUGUGGUGGUCACGGUGCUUUGAGUGUCCUUUUAAAUGUUGAUGAUCUUGUUAAUUACAUUUCACAAAUCAUACAGUGUUUUUUGCUUGAAUUAUUUAUUGAAUUGUGGUUUGUCUUUGGUUUUUUUCUUUUGUUCCUAAUUUUCUCAUUAUAAAAAAAUUCAUGCCAGCUCUACCAUAUAUUCUAUAAAUUACAGGUGUCCUGUACGUUUAGGCCUAUAUUUUCCAGAUAAACUGAACCCCAAAAUAAUGUGCAACUUUUGGGUCCAGGCUAGGCCUGUGGACUCGUAUGCUUACAAUUUAGGCCUAGGCCAAAUAUUCCCAUUUCAUAUACAAUUAUAAAUGUUUUACUUACUGUGUCCCCUUAAUUGAUGGGUUAUGUUAUAAGAUUAAUAAGAUGGCUAGUUUGUUGGAAUGUAGUUUACUUUUGGAAAAAGGUUUAACCCCUGUAAGGUAAGAAAGGUCUCUGGCACCCCAGCCCCAUUGGAAUUAGGUUAUCUGGGUGGAGUGCCUCUUUGACUGGUUUUGACUAUAUUUCCUGUUAUCUGUUCCAAAAUUUGUGCCAAAAGCAUGCUAUCCUAUAAUUGACUUGUUACAAAUUCUCUAUUGAUUUGUACGUACUAAUAUUGUGUUAUUGCCUGCUGCAAGAUGAAGAAGGGGGAAUAAUAAUACUGUAAUGUUCAUGUCAAAAUUCUUUUAAUCUAUUCCCUUUGUUUUUUAACUCUACCCAAAGAGACAACUGACUGACCCUAUUGGACUUUCUGUACGAGUGUAAUGCUGCAUCCACUGUUAGGUGUUCUGAACAUUCCAAUAACAUGUACACACCUAGGAAGUAUAUAGAAAAUGUUCCUUUAAUGUUGUUCUUUCUGUGGAUCAAGAACCGCACAGUAAUCCGGGGCACAGGAGAUAAAAUUACAGAAAUCUCGUGGUUUUUGGUGUAAUAAAAGGGGAGCGUCUCCCUUGUGUCACGAGCAUGAAUACAAUGUGCUUAUGACGAAAAUGUUAGAGAUGUUUGCAAUGUCACAGGAAACUAACGUACAAUGGUAAAGGGUGGACCAGUUCCUCUGUGCAUAUUUCUUCUAACUUCUUAAUAGAAACCCUGCAAUCUCAUUAACCUCUUAGGAGCCACAUCUACCUUGACUUCUGAAACCAGAGUACAAAACUUACUGAAAACUUCUUAUUUUGGACAACUUUUCCUCAACGAUUUUCACCUUUAACUCACUGCAAAUGUUAGGUGAAUACAUCUCUUAAUGCAUAAAUAGACAAUUACAGUAUAAUCUACGGAGAUGUAUACAAACCCAAAAUUAAAUAGCUCCACUCCCCUUUUCUUGCGUUACUCUAUGCUAUAAAGGUUGGUGCUGUAUGGUGAAAUUUAUUUUUUAUAUUUGUUUAUUUUUCAUUUUGUUUUCAACUUUUGUUUUAUGCAAGGAAGUAUAUUAAAUUAUUAUUUAUAGAGUGCCAUUAGAUUCCGUAGCGCUGUUCAAUGGAUACAUCUCAUCUCAGAGUAACAAAUACAAGAUUCCAGUAAUUAUUUGAUUCUGAAUUUGUGGUAUCCACUUUCCCCCCCCGCCCUUCCUCUUAAGAAUGUCCUUUGCUAAAUGAGUAGUAGGCCAUUCAAUGCUAGCCCAGCAAACCUGAUGGGUUAAACACAGAAAUGGCACGCGCAUCCCCAAUAACCAUUUUAAUUUAGGACUCGUGAGAGGAUUCAGUAUAACUUUUUUUUCACAGAAGUCUGUUUCUUGCUGUUGUAAGACCACAACUCCCAUGAUGCGCUGGGGUUUCAGAUGUCUUUCACUGCUGUGGAGCUUGCUUAAUAUUCCUUAGUCACAUCAAUUAAAUUACGUUAACCUACUGCUAAACCUCCGUAUGCAAUUCCCUUAACUUUUUGGAUCUUGGAUCUGAUUUAAUAAUUUCUUUUAUAAAUCUGGAAUAUUCUGCCUAAGAUUCUUGUUCAUGUUGAAUUCAUGUAUUCUUUGUGUUGCUUGGAUGGAGUGAGAUGUUAUCUCCUGGUCCCUCAUUGCAUAGGGUUGUAUUGGGAGAGGUAUCGGCAGUAGAAGGAGAGAAGUGCUUUUGCCAUUGUACAGAACACUUGUGAGACCUCACUUGGAGUAUUGUACGCAGUACUGGAGACCGUAUCUUCAGAAGGAUAUUGAUACUUUAGAGAUCAAGAGAAGGGCUACUAAACUGGUUCAUGGAUUGCAGGAUAAAACUUACAAGGAAAGGUUAAAGGACCACUAUAGUGCCAGGAAAACAAACUAAUUUUCCUGGCACUAUAGUGCCCUGAGGGUGCCCCCACCCUCAGGUUCCCGCUGCGCUGAAGGAAGGGGUUAAUGCCUUACCUUUUUUUCGAGCGCAGGGCUCCCUCAGGGCUGGGACUCUCCUCCCUCUUCUCAUGUCAUCGGCUGAAUGUGCAUGCGUGGCAAGAGACGCACGCGCGUUCAGCCAGUCCAUAGGAAAGCGUUCUCAAUGCUUUCCUAUGGACGCCGGCAUCUUCUCACUAUGAAAAUCACAGUGAGAAGCGCCUCUAGCGGCUGUCAAUGAGACAGCCACUAAAGGCUGGAUUAACCCAUAUGUAAACAUAGCAGUUUCUCUGAAACUGCUAAGUUUACAGCAGAAAGGGUUAAUCCUAGAUGGACCUGGCACCCAGACCACUUCAUUAAGCUGAAGUGGUCUGGGUGCCUACAGUGGUCCUUUAACAUGUAUAGCUUGGAGGAAAGAUGAGACGGGGGGGGAUAUAAUCGAAACAUUUAAAUACAUAAAGGGAAUCAACACAGUAAAGGAGACUAUAUUUAAAAGAAGAAAAACUACCACAACAAGAGGGCAUAGUCUUAAAUUAGAGGUACAAAGGUUUAAAAAUAUCAGGAAGUAUUACUUUACUGAGAGGGUAGUGGAUGCAUGGAAUAGCCUUCCAGCUGAAGUGGUAGAGGUUAACACAGUAAAGGAGUUUAAGCAUGCGUGGGAUAGGCAUAAGGCUAUCCUAACUAUAAGAUAAGACUAGGGACUAAUGAAAGUAUUUAGAAAAUUGGGCAGACUAGAUGGGCCAAAUGGUUCUUAUCUGCCGUCACAUUCUAUGUUUCUCAUUUUGGACCCUUUUACCCCCUGUGUCUGACUGUAAAAAAAAAAAUAGGGGGUAGUUUGAAGGUUUUGUUCUUAGUGUUAAGAAUCUCUGAGCAUUCCAGUGGUAGAAGUCCUGGUACAGACUGUGCAGUGUGGUCCUUUGGAGGGGGCAAGCUGAAUUCCCUUACAGCCAGAGGAAAUGUGUCAGGAUAAUUACUAGCAUUCCAGGUUUUUUUUUCAGGGGCGUUGUCUCUUCCUUAACUCUGAAUUGGUUAAACAGAACAAAGCAUGCUAAGAAAAUUAUUGCUGUCUGUAAACAUAAUUAAAACCUAAAACAUGAUCUAUUCCUACUUUUGGCAAGGCAUGUGGGAGCUGAUAUGCAUUCAGAACAUUCCCCAAUACACAGCGGUUUAUAUUGCCUAUCCUCGCUACCUGUUUUUUCUUGCAUGUCUGUUCUUCUUGUUAUUGUGACAUGGGACUCCUACACUGAAUCUUUUUGAAGAGACACAGUCAUACAUUGUAUAUAUACAGAUUUUAAGAGUCCGUUUAAAUUGUCCCCUUAUUGUUCCCUAAUUUUGGCAUGAUCCAGUUUAUGAUCCAUCCUAUGGGGAAAUUAUACUUCUUAAUUGUCAUUUUUAUAACUUGCAUUCCGCAGUGCUUAACAAUUGUAGAAUGGCAAGAGGUAAAUGGCCCUACUCAAACAAGCUUACAAUCAAUGAGGAUUUGGGUUUCACAAGUUCUAAGCCAGUGACAUUACUACUGCCAGUGUAUGUGUUUUAUAAUGCAUUGGAACAUACAUUUACCUGGUUUUACACGCAUCUGCAGCUACGAUAGGGUUUUUUCUUUUUUUUUACCCCCCCACACGCACCUUCACCAGGUUUCUGAGAUGCUUGACCCUAGCAUCCGUAACGAUACCUCAUCAACGCUGCCAGUUCAGGCACUUUUCUGGGGCGAUUGGACCAAUCAGAGACUAGAUAACCCUAUAUAAUCCUGAUUGACCCUAGUUCUGUGCCCUACUGUGUUUUUUACAAUGCUUCCCGAUUAGUGAGUUUCCUAGUUUUCUGGUUUUAACCUUGGCUAGUUUAUCUGAUCCAGACCUGGCUUGUUCUACAUAUUCCAAUCAAGCGGUAUGUGGCUCAAGGUCCAAUCAAAUGCGUCUCAUAGAGAAACGUUUGAUUUGACCAUUCGCCUACUCUGAGCGCAUGUGUGGACUCUGGUCCACAAGCGUAGAGAGGGCAUUCAUUUAAAAAAAAAAAAAAAAAAAAUACAUUUAAAAAAUAAUCUUGAAAGUGGAGGGAGGCGGGAAGCAGAGGGAAUAAACCCUAAAGCUUCCUCAUUUUUAAUGUGCAACGUGAGUGAGAAGAUCAUUACAUCUGUCACCAACUCGCUGUGUGCACACGACUAUUUGGACAGCCCAGCUACCAACUAGCUUCUGUCAAAAUAUAAGCCAAAGUGGUCAUGAAGGUUGGCAUAACCCUUUAAGCAUAUUGAUCACAUCCGUCGUUCAUACUUAUUUUUAAUAAAACCGAUUUUUGUUUAUAUAUUACUGGAAGAGCACAAUUCUUCCACCCUGAGCAACAAUGACACUUUUUACUUUCACUUCAAAAAAAGCUUAAAGCACAGAGCACUUCAAGAGAUGCUACAAUACCAGAUGUCACCGUGACUGGGAAUAUCUACAGUAUAUAUCUACUGACCCAAGAAACAUGAGACUGAUCACUCUGAGAUCAAUGGAAUUUUUUUAACUUCUGCAAUAGAUAUUGUGUAACUCCUGGUUUAAUUUUACAUGGUUUGGCAAUUUGUAAAUAUUUAUAUAAAUAUAGAGGAAAAAUGGUAUACAUUUCUUUGUAUAAAAAUGGUGUGAAUAUUUUAUCCACAUUACAUUUAUAAUUAUCAGAUUUCUGUUCUAAUUCAAAUAGUAGGGUCAGACAUAGGUUUUUUUAUUUUUUAUUUUAAUUUUAUUUUUUUAGAAUUGAUUCAUAUAUUUUUUUUUUUUUAUUUUUUUUUUUGCCCGUCCGUUUAGGCAGUCCCCCUGCAGGCAGAUACAUGGACUCCUAUUGCGGCCAUGUGAUCGCUCUAAAAGUUUAUGAUCACAUGACCUAAGGGGGCCUAAUUUGCCAUGGGAGGACUGUCUGGGCUGUCAGGCAGUUCCCCCAGACCGGGAGCAACACCGAUCGCCAGUGGCGAUCGGGUAAGUAAUAUAUUUGUCGGACGUAUCUAGUACGUCCGUGGUCCUUAAGGAGUUAAAGCAUUAUUUUAAUUUGUCUUUAAAUUGAAUUCUGGGAUAACAUGGUCCAGUAGAUCACUUUUUUUUUUUUUUCAUUUUAACAAAUGACGUAAUGGAAUUUCCUUAAAAAAAAAAAAAAUGAAUUCAUGUAAAUUGAAUAUAGAAUAUGAAUUCCAAAAAUGUAAUGUUAAUGGAGAAAUAUACUUGAAAAUAAUAAGGUGCGCUGUGUCUUUAAGACCCAAUAAUAUAAAGUGCAACAAGUGCAAACUAUUUGAUAAAGUGCAAAGUGAUACAAAGUGCACUUAAAAUGUGAAAUAUAAAAAUAUUAUACAUACAUAUGUCCUCUCAAAUGCAGAUAUACAUAGAAAGAAGUGAGACACAAAAAAAGACCAAUAGUGUGAAACCGUAUUAAAAAUAAAAUAUGAAUAAUAAAUGCCAAAUAUUGCACUCACAAAAGUAGAGCAGAAUAAGCCUGCUCUAACUUAAACAGCUUCUUCAAAUUCAGGACUGCACAGACGAAAAAAUAUUCCAAAAUCUUUAUUGCCCAGCACGGUAGUAUGCAGCAUAAAUGUGUCUUUUUAAAUAAGUCUCUUAGGGUAGUGAUGCCUUUAAGUAUGUUUCUUUAACCCCUUAAGGACCAAACUUCUGGAAUAAAAGGGAAUCAUGACAUGUCACACAUGUCAUGUGUCCUUAAGGGGUUAAAUAUGUCUCUUGAAAUAAGUUUCUUUGGGGAAACGAUGUGUUUGAAUGUGUAUAUAUAUAUAUAUAUAUGUUUUUAAAUAAUGCAAUUUAAAUUAUGAUGUUUUUUGAAUAAAGUAAUACUGUUUGUAUGUAUUUAAUUGAUUUGAUUGAUACCAGCAAUAAGAUAAUAGACUUUAUAUGGUAGUCACCUGAAUACACCCAUUAAGAUGGGUAUAUAAGGACGUUAAGGAUAUGGAUGGGCAGAUCUGAUGAAGCCGUGAACACGGCGAAACGCGUCAUCACGCAAAGUUACGCUCCGUACGUCACGCACCCGAGGAAGCCCCUCCCCCUGGAAGUUUGAGGAAACAGACGGUAAUAACGGCGGCGAAUCUACAAAGGGACAAGUCGACACCCUUAUGCUGCAUACUACCGAAUGCUCUGUAACUGAAUACUGAAUGUGGAGGAAGGUGAUAUAUUGGUGCUGUGCUGGGCAAUAAAGAUUUUGGAAUAUUUUUUCGUCUGUGCAGUCCUGAAUUUGAAGAAGCUGUUUAAGUUAGAGCAGGCUUAUUCUGCUCUACUUUUGUGAGUGCAAUAUUUGGCAUUUAUUAUUCAUAUUGUAUUUUUAAUACGGUUUCACACUAUUGGUCUUUUUUUUGUGUCUCUCUUCUUUCUAUGUAUAUCUGCAUUUGAGAGGACAUAUGUAUGUAUAAUAUUUUUAUAUUUCACAUUUUAAGUGCACUUUGUAUCACUUUGCACUUUAUCAAAUAGUUUGCACUUGUUGCACUUUAUAUUAUUGGGUCUUAAAGACACAGCGCACCUUAUUAUUUUCAAGUAUAUUCACUAAAGUGUUUGGAGGAGUUUUACACUUGUUUUUGGUGCAGCUUUUUAAUAUCAAUAGGUUGGUUUGUUAUAUUUUAGACAAUUUUAUUACGUGCGCCUACUUUUUACUUGCUUAAUGGAGAAAUAUGAUGAUUCAAAAUAGAUAGUGGCAUGGCUCUUGAUAAACCAGAUCAUUGACUAACAGUUUUAAAAAUAGUGUCCCAAGCUUUAAGGGUAAUUUUGGUAGUAGGAAACAUAUCAGGAUUUUUUGGGAGUUUUUUAUUUGGAGGUAACCAUAAAAUGUCUUUAAUUGAAAUGGAAUUUAUUUUAUCUGACUCCAUCUCCAGCCAUCUUGGUUUGUUGAAGUCUAUAUUAAAUAUAAUAGCGGAAGCAGCAUUUGUUGAUGUAUAAUAUUUACGAAAGUCUGGAACUCCUACUCCACCACCAUUUAUCUUUAGAUGUUGUAAAGUAGUAAGUUUUACCCUGCUUGGUUUAUUUUUCUAUAUAAAUUUUAUUAAAGUUGAAUGAAUUUUAUUAAAAUAGUUUAAUGGUAUAGAUAAAGGAAUAGUUUGGAAAAAAAUAUAUUAUUUGGGGAAGAUUCUUCAUCUUGAUGUCAUUCUUCCCACCCAUGUAAGAUGAAAAUCUUUCUUUUUGUCUUUUUGUAGGUCGGGCCAUUUUUGUUUAAAAAUUAUAUGUAUAUUGUUUAGGUUUUUGCAUAAGUUUAUGCCAAGAUAUACAACAAAAGUAUUUUCCCAUCAAAUAAGUAUUCAUUUUUUUUUUUUUAAGUUUAUCCAAAUCAAGAUAUGAAAAUAUUAAUUGCUUGUGUUUUAGGAGAAUUGAUUUUAUAAUGUGACACUUCUCCAAACUCCUUUUAAAAUAGAAUUUAGUGAAUGUAUAGAUUUAAAUGGACUUUUAAUUGAAAUGAUAUCAUCCGCAAACAAACCUAUAUUGUGGACAUUACCAAUCUUUAUGCCCUCUAUAUCUGGCGUUAAUUCAUCUAAUUGAAGUGGCUACCGGGUCCCCCAGUGACAUCUAUCCAUUCAGUGUGCUCUAUUCUGUGCUGGGCGAUUGAAGUGUGAACCUAAGCCUGAUCAGCAAUGAGCAGCUGUGAUUGGUGGAGAGUGUCAGCUGAUUGCAUUCAGCCUAUCAAAGCACCCAUUGUAGGUAUGAGUUGGUAUGGCUAGAUGGAAGUGUGUGUUUUUUGCCUUAGCCACUCCUCAUGUGGGGUUGGGAUAUGGGAAGCCUGGAACAAUUAUUUAGUUAGUAAACUGCUGAAAAAUAACUUAACGCUGAAGGGAGGGACUGUGCCAGGAGUCCUGAGAUAUUAUAACCAAUUCAAUGAGAUGAAAUGGUUAUAGUGCCAGCCUUGUCCCUUUAACCCCUUAAGGACACAUGACAUGUCAUGAUUCCCUUUUAUUCCAGUAGUUUGGUCCUUAAGUGGUUAAAGGGGGAACUAUUCUUCCCAUGGUUUUUAAUAUUCUGUUUAUUUAGCUACUAGUUUUAAUAUAUUUUUGAGGUAUGAAAAUCAAAAUAAAUAGUAGAAAUCCAUACCCCUGAAUCCUGGAAUUGGGUGUCUCCAUCUUGGCUUCCUGUCAAUCAUUGUUAUUCGCUCUGUCUUUUGCACUUGGCAGUCAGCGCAUACACGGGUCAGCAAUCUAUGGCACUGCCAGACGCACACAGGCUGUGGAGAUCGGAGGAUCUCCCCCAGAGCUGGCCUGACUGCAACGAGACGUGAGGGGCAGCCAUCAAUUUACUUGUGGCAGAGCUAGGAGGAACUGAUCUAUGUACUUGGGAAGGGGAAACAAUGCGAGAGGAGAGCAACUGGUUAAGGGACCUGCCCUUACCAUAUAGCCGUCCAGCUGACUCUCUACUAGACCACAGGGAAGCUACCUUCCUGCUGCUAAGUGGUGAACAAUAAAGAAAGGUGGCUAAAAAUAAAAGUAUUUUGUGUGGUUGGAGUAGUUGUUUGCGUCUAGCAGUGUGACCGUGUGCACGCGUAGCAUUGUGUGUUUCUAGCAGUGUAUGUGGCAGUGUUAAACUUUGUGCUCUGAUGGUGUGCUAUUGGAGAGGUACCACAAAUACCCCAAUACCAAAAACCACUCUCACAUCUACACAUUGUAACAUAGCCCACAUACCCUCAAAUAAAACCCUACAAAACAGCUUCAGCACCCAUACAUAACACAAUGUCAUGGUCUAUGACCCCAACACGCAGCGUACAAAACCCAGUUUAGAUAAUGGGACACAAGAACAUCUUGGCUGUCCUUAGAGGUGACCGAGCUUCAUAUGGCAACUUACACACAAGUUAAUAAAAAAAUUAAAAAAAUAAGACCAGCACACCAAGGGACUUCAAAGUAUUUUUUUUUUUUUUUUUUUGGCACAGUAUCGCUAAAAUGUUACACACCCUAUCGCACAGAGAGAGAAAGAGCAGUCAGUUAUGUUCUGGUGAUGAAGUGUUUGCCCUGGCUGUGCCUGGAUUGAACACAGGUUCCAAAUUAUUGUUUUAUUGUAAUGGUGUAAUUUCAAGAGAGAUGUUGGUUUCCCUUUUUAAGGAUGAUUUGAAACCACUUUUUUUUUUUAAUUUAAUUUAAAUUCUACUAAUAUGUGUAAAUAAUUUAAUUUCUGGGGCAAUUGAGUGAUUUGUGUUCGAGAUCAGCUGUCCUUCAUACCUUUUUGGUAAAUAAAAAUAUCCACAUGCCACCUUUAGGCACCCAGACCACUUCAGCUAAUAGAAGUAGUGUCCCUAUUGCACUUAGUGCUGCAAUGUAAAACAUUGCACUUUCAGAGAACUGCACUGUUUACAUUGUAGCUCUAAGCCUGCCCUCUGUGGCUGUCUACCAGACAGCCACUAGAGUGUUUCCUGAAUCGAAACAGACAUUUGGGCCAUUAUCUGACGCUGGACGUACCUUUCAAAUCACCACUGUUUCGAGACCCUUCUUUUAGCACGUGUCCUGAUGUUCUGUCUGUUGCUCUUCAUCAAAUCUACAAGACUCCGGUGUAGAGUUAGGGACUAUUUUGUCCAGACUUGUUUUGUGGUAAGGGGAUUACAGCUGCUGUCAGGGGAUAUGAAGGGAUGGAUUGUCCUGCUCUUGUGGAAUCUUCUGCUGGUCAGUUAUGUAUGAAGAAUUUCAAUAAUUCUCUGAAUGCGUAUCUCCUGACCCUGAAAGGUUUUUAAAAUUGUUUUUAUUUUUUUAUAUAUAAUCUUUGCUCUUUUUUCAUGUCUAAUUUUGUGCUCUCUGCAUUUUGUGCACACACAAAGCAAUUUACAAAAAUGUUGUCAGCCAUAGAGAAUUGAUCGUGUUUUGCAGACUGUGCGUGUUAUCUGGCACGAAAGGCACAGACCUCAUGCUUUUUGUAUUGGUGUCAGGUUAGGGAUAACCCAACAUGCAGAAUGAAUCCACACAGGAAAAGGAAAACAAUAGAUAAGAUAUACUUAUCUUGUAGAGUGGCUGGGCUCAAUGUGCAAAAUACAAGGAAUAUGUAUGUCAAGAAACAAGCAGAGGUCAAGCACUAUAGAGGUACACCGAAUCGAUGAACUAGCUAAGGUCAGUGAUACAGAAUAAGAAUAGUCAAAAUACAAGAUAAGAUCUUUAAACCAGGAAUCAGAAAUACAUUUAGUUUACAUACAGGCAGAUUAUCUUGUAAAUUUCCUGGUAGUGAUCAACCAUUCAACGUACUUUCGUUGGUACUCCUGAAAUAAGCAUGCAUUCUAAAUACAACUUGUCCAGUUACAGCAUAAGUUUUAAGCGGCUAUAUCUCCAAAAAUAAACUGCAUCUAAUCUUCUAAUAUAUAAAUCAAUUUUUCUGAAUAAAAUUUUUUUUUUUCCGGAGUACUCUAGUUUUCAUAAAAUAUGUAUGAACUAUGUUUCCUUAAGUAUAGCAGUACAAUUGGGUACAUUGGAACACUGUAGCGUUAGGAAUACAUAUCUGUAUUGUUAACGCCACAGCUCUGAUGUGGCCGUUUAGUUUAUGGCUCCCACAGAUUGAGGAAAAUAAAUUAAAAUAAAACUAGUCACAUUUUCUCUAGCACCGUUUCUCCCUCGGUGCUGCCGCAACCUCUUCGAGUGACGUCACCCAUAGAGGAGCAUUGGGGACCUUAGGCGCAUGCGCAGUGCUCAUCGGUAUACACCUAAGAUUCUGCCAUAAAGAAUCACGGCACUGUGCAUGCGUAACUUCACAGUAUGUUACGGUAUGAGAGCCUGUUUCAGUCACCAAUCCAAUUUCCCUUUAAUUUCUCCGUGAAAUGAAUCCUACAGGAGGGUAAACUUACUGUGAUGCAUUUCACAAAUUGUCUAGAAAUUAAAAAAAAAAAAAAUAUAUAUAUAUAUAUUUUUUUUUUAUCCAAUCAAUUUUUAUUGAGAUAAUAAAGUACGUGGGAAACAGAGGGAAAGAAGGAUAACAAUCAAGGUUUUACAUUUCAGAUAUAGCCAUAUAUCCAACCUCCCAUAUCAAUGCUCUCGUCAAUUACCUUGGGUAGAAAACAAUAGUAACAAGCAACUUUUAGUGAACUGUGUCAAGCCCUCCAUGAGCGCCUUCGUGAAAUGAGGCAUUUAGUUUUGGGCUGUCAACCUGGUAGAACGCUCUUCUUGUCUCUUGGUUUCUCAUGUGUGUGCAAGAGUGUAUGCUAUGUACAUAGUUGGAGUGUGUUGAUCAGCGCAAGUCAGGGUUCAGUUCGGUGUCUUGGUGGGGAUUCUCUCUGGUUCGUCCGGUUAGGGGGGUGACCUCUAGUUAAGGGGCCGAGCUGGUGGACAGUCGUGGGAAGCCGCUGGUGUACUGGUGCUGGGUGGGGCGUGUCAACUCCCUGUCCGUCGCGUCCAGUUUGCUAUGGUUGCAUGCUCGUCGAGUUGGUCAGGGUACUCAGUGUGGGAUGUCCGCCUGUCCCCCCCGUUGGACCUGACUGUAUUCCCCACCCAGGGUUUGGCUCCAGGAGCUGUCCACCUCCAAAGUGUCCCCCCCCUCCCAGGCCCCACCCCCGACCACCUGUCCGGGCCAUGGGUUCCCCCUAUCCCCUGACCAUCACAGUCCUGCCAAUGACCUCCUGACUGGGGGGAAAGAAAAAGGUGUGCAGUGGGAAAGGAAGAGAGAAGAGAGGAAGAGGGGGGGGGGAAGGGAGGCUGGUAGGCGGACUCCUGUAUCUCAUAUGAUCACUGGAGGGGCGGAUCUAGGGCUUCCCUGGUUUAUAUAUAUUUUUUUUAAUAACGAAACUUAGUUUAUCCGUUUUGCAGUCUGUUCUUCUCAAAGCGUGACCGAGCAAUAAACAAACCUAUAGUGAGCAACCAUGGGAAUUCACUGCACAAAGAAUGCUCAAUCACAGAAAUAUUAACUUUUUUUUCUUGCAGGGUACUUUUUAGUAGCAAUAAAUUCUGUUCAUUUCUAAUAUACUAUAGAGCAGUAACGUCGUCCCACUCUGUUCCUGUGCCGAUAUCCUGUUAGAACUAAUCAUUGUAAUUCUUCGUUAAGUGUGUGUGCGUGCCUGUACAGACCACAAAGCCCAUGCGACUGGUCCAUAUUGACAUUACUGAUCCUGUGAGAUUUUAACUGGGAGGAAAAGCUGGGAUUAGGAAAAUUCAAUCCAGUCUACUAGCUCCGGGGGCAAAAUCUAAACUUAAACAUCAACAUCUGUCUCUCGUUUCCCUGUAAUCCUUCCGCGUUUUGCCAGCUUUGCUUUGGUUCUGUUUUAUGUAGGCAUGCAUGAUCACUGAAGGCUUCUGAUGGCAGAAAAUCCCUUUUCUAUGGAAAAAUUAAAAAAAAAAUACCUAAAGGUUUUUUUUUUGUCCAUGUGAAAUUUAAUUGGCAUGUUCUGAAUGAAUGAUGAUUCUUGUAGCUUAAUUAGCUCUACCAGAUACCAUGCAUGGCUUGUGAUUUGAAUGUUGUAGCAGAUGGCCACAUACAUAUUAACGUGCAUUUUGAUGCAAUAGAUUUAAUUGCAAAUUAUAAAUAUACACCACGGUUAGAAUAGGUGUAAACCCAUUUAGUGGACUAUUAUUUCUUAAAGUGAUGCGGUCCUUCGCAUAUUGUACCUCACAUUCCUGGCUAACUGGAGAUACAAACCUUUUUUAGUUUUUGUUAAAAAAAAAUAAAAAAUGUGGCAACUGCCAGUUGUAAACAGAGCCAUGGCAUAUUUCUUAACUUUUUUUUUUUUUUCUUGGUCACACUCCUGUUUGCAUAUUAUUUGUGUGAUUCUUGCAAGAAUUCUUGCUUUGGAAUGGACCAUAUUUAUGUCCACAGUUUUGGAGACUGCGAUGAUUUAAUAGAGAUUAGCCACAGAUCUCAAUACAGUUCCGCUAAGUAGCAGAAAGCUUUUGUUAGUAGGGCCCUUUAUUCUUCGUGUAACCUGGUGUAUUUUAAACUUCUUAAAACACCUUAUUUUAGUUUAGUUCAUUUGUGAACAGAAAUUUAGAAAAAUUGAUUUUACACCAUGUUUCUUCAUGCUCUGACAACUUAUGAGCGCAAAACUGCCAUCUUCUACUUGAACGUUCCCUCACCGUCUGCUGAAAGACCUACAGUAAUCCAUAUUAUCUACAUAGGUGGCAAUAUUCAAUAUCAACUUAAAUGUAAAACUAUGUUCCCCUACCUCUCUGUUGGGAUUCCUACAGUAAUUCACAUUAUCUACAUUGAUGGCCAAAUGCAAUAUUGAUGUAAAGUUUUGGCCAGCCACUUGAAUGUUCUCCACUUGCUGGAAAUCCAGCAGUAAGUUACAUUGAUGGCCAAACACCAUAUCAAUCCUAUUUUAUUGUUUUGUAUAUUUAUUUUGCUACUUCUUUUAGUAAACCAGGUAUAGUUUUAUAGAUUCUCGUUCAUAAGGAAGAGACAUUGCUUCUGUUGCUCGUCACAUACUCUCUGCAUUAACAAGACAGGAAUGUCUGUAUGUUCUUAGGUGUAAUCUCCAAUACAUUCCCUUAUUUAUGGCGCCCUCACAGACUGGAACAUAGCCCAUUAAAAAAGUCUCUUCCAUUUUGGGAAUGAAUAAUCCCUUGACCAUGCUCUUUGUGGACACAUUAUUUUUGGAGUCUUCAUUAUUUCUAAAUGCUGCUGGUUCAACAGAUACUUGACAUAGCUAGGAAGGUAACAUGGCCUAAACUGUUUAUCCUGACUGUGAAGAGAGAUUCCUGACAUAACUGACAGUAUUUUUUUCAACUGUUUGCCGGCUUGGUUUACAGACUAUUUUUGUGUCACAGACAAAAGAGAAUGUUACAUUCACAUUGGCCAAUUCUGAUCAACCGACUGCUUGACAUUCGGUAAGGUUUUGCAUGAAGGAAUAGCCUUCAUUGUCAUUGUUGACCAUUAGCAAACUGAUUCUGUUUGGUUUUGACCUAAUUUCCUGAAUAUCCUCUUCUGUUAUUCUCAGCCUGGGUUGUUUUUCUAUAUAGUAAUUAUCUGUUCUUUUUCACCAUGGCUUGUUUCUUUUUUUUUUUUGUUUUGUUUAAGAUUGUCUUACACUUUCUGAGUUUGGUUCAUUAGUUGCCGGACACACUCUGCAUAUAGCUGUUGGUAAUUUUUUUUUUAGCCCUUCACUAAUGGAAAUGCAAGUAAUCAACUUGUAUAAUUUUCCCCGAAGGCGUCCUUGCCAUCUUCAUAUUUGGUGAAAAUGUCGAAUUGCACGUGUUGUUCUCGGUUCAUUUUAUUAUUUGGCCAGUAUGACCAAUACAGGACAAUUAUUGUGAGGAGAAUCGAGACGUUAUACUUAAAUAAGCACAGCCAAUAAAAUAUUAUUUCGGCCUGAGUCCAAUGUUUAUCAUCGACCAUAAAUCACUAAUACUAUGUAAACAAGAGAUCAAUAUAUGUGAAAUAUUAAAUAUAGAAGAUAUUUUUAAAGUUUAUGGCAAUAGUUCUAUUUAGAUUGAUGUCUUUUUUUUUAAACUAAUCCCCCCCCCCCCUUUCCUGUGCAGUUCUUGGAAAUGUGUCAUUAAUAAGCAGGUAUGAAAUGUUUACAUUCUAACUAGAGAAUGAGAAAAAUGGCAGGAAUGAUGACUUUCAUAGAGUACGUUCCACAAGCAUUCUAAGCUUUAAUUUGUCUCCCGCAUAUGUUCUUAAUCGAGUAUUUUUUUUCUCUAACUGCCUCCUUUAGAUUAAAAUCCAAUUCAAACUAAGUUUACAUAUCCUCUGGACAAAAUGAAAUGGUGACAUUAACCUAUCAAUUGAAUCAUACUGUCUUUACAUUAAAUUAACUUAACAUAAAAAUAAUCAAGGGAAUACAAUGAACACAUUUUUUUCCAGUAUCCAUUACUAAUAGGAAAUGUUUGAUAUAGACAAUAAACUGUGUAUCCAGGUGUUGGCGCUAUAUAAAUAUUACAUCCAGGCAUAUAAACAUGGACCAAGAAACAGUUGCUAUUAAAUUCUCAAAACAAACAGAAUAAUAUACAUUGGGACCUCGGUUUACAAACGCCUCGGUUAACAUUUUCGGUUUACAAAUGAAAAUCCAUUGAAAAUAAUGCCUUGGUUUACAAAUUUUGAUAUAGACAAUAAACUGUGAGUUUCCCCAGGAUGCAUUGCACCUGGGAGGUUUAUAGCACCGCCCCCUGCAUGCUGGAGUCUGAGUGUAGUAUGUGGCAUCGAGUGUGGAGGUGUUGGAGAGGCUUUUGCAUAGAGUUUUGGAGCCACUCUGGAAAUGGUUUGCAGUUGUUUUUGUGACUUUUUGGUGCGUUUCUCAAGCUGUGGAAAGGUAGGGAGCUGAGCUUCGACGUUUGCAUGCCUUUUAUUGUGUGUUCAGCAUUGUGGGUUGGUUUCCAUGCCAGCUCAUUUUGACUUUUUUUUUUUUUCUGACCUCCAGAAUGGAUUAAUUGGUUUUCAAUGCAUUCCUAUGGGAAACCGUGUUUCGGUUUACAAAUUUUUCGCAGUAAGAAAAGUCCCGGAGAACGCAUUAAAUUCGUAAACAGAGGUCCCACUGUAUCUCUAAGAAACAAUUUACAGAAUAUAAGGAAGGAGAAAGCGACCAGCUGGAAGAGAUAAAAAGUGAGGUAAACGAGGAAAGGGGUGUGUAGCAGGAAGGUAAAAUGUAUCUAUAGGUUUAAAAUUGAGAGGCAGAUAAUGUGAAGUAUUUCAGCAGCCAAACAUGUCGUAUUUUCAACUACAAGUCAUAUGACGUUUUGUUAGUGUCACGGGUGGCGGUCCGGAGACCGGGACCCCUGUAUGCCUGAUGAUGGCAGGAGUCACAGCGUGGAAAUGAUCAGGGUCUGGUGCAGGCUAACCACACGCCCCCUGGUGUGGAGUACCAAGGUUUGUGCGGCCACAUACCAGGGCCCUGAUGCAGUUUCUGGAGAUCCCAGCAGCUUGAUAAUAUGCAGAUAUGUAUCCAGUACUAGAAUAGGCACCAGACUAGAACCGGAGCAGGACAGAACCCGGAACAUGUACACAAGAACAGGACAGGACUGUACAUGAACUGGGAAUACAAGAUAAAAUCUAACAAGGCAAAACGAGGAGAAAUAACCAAGUACUAUAUAUGUUAUAAACAUUGGAGAUUUAGACAUACAUAAAUGGCCAAGAUGUAUGCAGCUCACCACGGCGCCAAAGUACUCAAAUUACGGUGGGUCAUAACUGCAUAGAUAUGCAUGACUAAAAGUACAACAAUAAAACACAGUACAUACCUGCAAAGAAAGGAGAAGAGGCAUGAGACCACUGAUAGCAGGGAACACUGAAACAAAAAUGAUUGCACAGGAACGGGUGUGAUAACAAAAAACAAACAUUUAAAGAAAUCCAGGAGACAGGGAAUUCCAGGAACGGAAUAAAGGAAUGACCCCAGAAAACCCAGCAUAAAGAAAACCAGAAAAAACAAGAAAAACUAAACAAGAAUUCUAAAAAGAGUACUGGAUACCAGAAGCCAAACCCAGAAAUGAUCCACAAACUGGAACAGGAUGUGACAGUUAAUGCUCAUCUUCUCCGUCAAAUGCAUAGAGUAAACUUUGUUUGUGGCUGGUGUUUGCAGAGACUCUGCAGUGCAUAUACUGGUGGUGUUUGUCAAACUCUGGGUUUUCAAUAAAGUAGUCCCUACUUUUUCUUAUGGUAUCUUUUUAAAACGAGAGAAAUCUCAAUGUAUCUUUCUUGGUAAAAUAUUUUAUAAAUAAAACAAGCUGUGUUGAAACCUCAAUUAAAAUUCCAACAGCCAACAUGAGUAUUUCAUAAAGAUUGUAUUUUUAGGAAGUACUUGGAACUGACCGAGCCGCUUUAACCAUUUCACUGUAAAGGUUUGGUUUUAUUUUUAAUUUCUUUAUAUUUUUGCAAUUAUUUUUAGGAAAUGGCAGUGCGAGCACUGAAGCAGACUGGGAGCAGAAGUAUUGAAGCUGCAUUGGAAUAUAUUAGCAAAAUGGGAUACCUUGACCCAAGGAAUGAGCAGAUUGUCCGUGUGAUUAAGCAAACCUCACCAGGUAAAAAUUCUGGAUUUACACCGAAGAGUUGUUCUUAUUUCAUUUUUAUUGGUGCCCUGUUACCACAGUUAUAAGCAUUGAAGGUGUAGGUUCUAUCUAUCUAGGUUUAUUGUCAUUUUUACCAAUAUUCUUAACCAGGUUGUCAUUUUUCACGUUAUUUACACUAAUAUACACAAAAAAAACCCAACAGCUUUAUGUUCUAUGCAAUGUUUACGUGCAAGAUGCCUUACUCUCUCAAAUCCUAGCUGAUAUCAUGGUUUUAAAGGAACACUCCAAGCACCGUAAACACUAUAACCAGCUGUAGAGAUUAUGGUACCAGGAAUGUCCUGGAGUCCACUAAGAACAAUUUUUCAAACUGUUUUUGGAAUGAUUUGCCAAUUUACCUAGAUUCCACUGGUUGCCAAGAGUUUUAUCCUGUUUCUGUAUUCUCUAUGCAGUAGACUAAGGAACUCCACUGUUCUAAACAGGGCAGUGUAGGGUCGUGCUCAUUGGCUGAGAGCUUAAACUGGACUCUCUCAUCCAAUGAGUGGGACCUUGUGUCAGAAUAAAGACAUCCGGUUUCUCGUAUAGGAAAAGACCAGAUGUGGCACAGGCACCCAGGGGUCCCAGGUAACUCGUCUAAAGGCUAGGUGACAGGUCAGUCGACUGCAGUGAUUAUGGUACAUGGAUGUUCCUUUUGAGUUAAUGUAUUAAACCAGUCAGAACAAUGGGGCUGGUGUGAUCCCAGUCUGCAUGCAUGCAUGCUCUUAGUACAAUUUGUAUGAGAUUUGUGUUCAGGUUUGAAUUCACCGUAUGUGUGUCAACCAUGUGAUGAUUGGAUAUGUUCCAUAGAUACUUCCAUUCUAUGUUAAUGUUCUAUGAGGGAGCUCUUGAUACUGGGGGCAUGCAUGGCACACAGUAACUCCAUUCGUUUAAAAAUACAAACCUAUGAAGUAAGCUAUAAACUAAUACACUGCACUGUCAACUUCUGUUACUUUACACCAUUCAUGUUUGUUUGUGAAUUAAGUUAAUCACAACCAGGUCUGCUGCUUGCUGUUCAUCUUUCAGCAAAGAGUUGGUAGUACUGAAACAGGAUAUACACAGCACCACCAGGUUUAGAGGCUACCCCCUCCUCCUGGAUGAGAGGAAACUCACUGCAGAUAUUACAGAUCCAAAGGAUUUUCCCGCUGCUGCAGGAUCUUUAAGGAGUAGAUUAAAUUUACAUUCUUUUUUUUUAAUUUUUUUUUUUAUUUAUGUUGUAAUUACACACACAGAAUAAUAUUAAGUGGGUUUGGUGCUUCAAAUGUCCCUUUAUGAUGUGGUGCGUGGUAUAUGCCACAUGAAUGUUUGCAAGGCCUGCUAAUCCCCUGGGAUUUAAUUGCAGUAAUAUAUUUUUCCCAGUCAAAACAACCAUAAAUUUGUAAUAUAGGAUCAAUCAAUUUCGUGUUUUUGUCUAAAAAUAUGUCUACCUCUUUAAGUUAUUAAUAUGAACACCAAUGGAUACAUUCUUUCUUUAGUUUUUGAAAUUACAAGAAUUGUGCGACAUGUAUUAAAAUGUUGAUAAAUUUGAUUUAAAAAAAAAAAAAAAAGUAAAAAUUACAUUAAAUAUUUGUUUCUUGAUGUUAAAGGUAAGGGCUCAACUCCAAAUAAUGUGCCUCACCGGUCAAAUUUUGAAGGAUCAAAUGAGUCGUUUCCAUCAUACCAUUCAAUGAACACAGGUUAUGAAGGGCCUGGUUUUUCAGUUGAAGGUGCCAACAUGCUUGGUGACGUUCCUCGGCCAUAUAUGGAGUACUUGCUUUCUGCACCUUCUCCUGGACCAAUGAAUGGACCAGGACAAAGGCCUCCUCCUGUAAGUGCUCAUAGUACACCUGGAAACCUUCAGCUCCAGCAGAAGACAUAUGCUACAAAUUUGGAGCCUGCGGCUAUAAAUUAUGCUGUUGGGAAUCAUAAUGGUGCAAGUCUCGGGAUGCAGCCUCCUCAUACCGCAAGCAAUCCACACUAUGGACGCCAGAACAUCAUCGUGCAAGGAGACCCAAUGAGUUAUGGAGUACAAGUACAAAGAACGCCUUCAUUUCAAAACAAAAUACAGCAAGAAGGAGCCUAUGUAAAUAUCCCAAGUAAAGGACAGAUACCUCAAAACAGUCCAAGUCAUGCAUAUCCGCAGCCACCUGCUAGUUUAUAUAUGCAACACUCUCAUCACAAGCAAUCAAGUCCAUCCUCUCACCAAAUGCAUGUUAUUACUAGAGGCUCCCCAUUUACAAGCGAGUUUUCUGACACUCCUCAGAACCUAAUGACCCCAUCAAGAAAUAGCUUAAAUAUGGAUCUGUAUGAUAUCAGCACUGUAUGUCAGUGGCAAAAUUCACAGUCUCGGAGAGAUUCCCUCCAAGGACCAGGGUUGGAUGUAUCACCUCGACAGCAUGUUCAGUUCAGACCAGAUUCCCAGGUGCCUAGUCGUACAAAUUCUUUCAAUAACCAUCAACAACAAAAGCAGGUGCAGAUUCGACAGACUCCACCAAGCAAAUCUGAUGUACCGAAUACCAUCACGGCUGUUACAUCAGCCCAUAUUCUCCAACCAGUGAAGAGCAUGAGGGUGAUGAGACCUGAACCCCAAACUGCUGUAGGCCCUUCUCAUCCAGCUUGGUUGGCAGCUCAGGCACAAGUGACAGAAAAUUUAGAAAUAAUGGAGUCUCACAAUGUACCAGCUCAAGGUGCUGGUGCAUAUGGAAUAGAUGUUGAUUAUGGAAAUCAGGAUAUGAGAUUUCCUCCACCUCCUUAUCCAAAGCGUCUCUUGCCUCCGAACAAUUCAGAACAGCUUGAUGUGAACUCUUUGUGCAAGGGAGUGGACCAGAGUCUUAGGUUUGCGGACAAUACGGCAUGUGCUCCAGUUGAGGAAGUAAACAUGGAGACCAAAAAUGAGAAAGUAAGCAAGAAUCCCAAAGUUGGCUCUGGAAAAGAUAAGAAAGAUAAAAAGCAAAUCCAAACAUCCCCUGUUCCGGUGCGUAAGAAUACCAAGGAUGAAGAGAAGCGGGAGUCUAGAAUAAAGAGUUACUCACCCUUUGCCUUUAAGUUCUACAUGGAGCAGCAUGUGGAAAAUAUCCUGAAGACCUACCAGCAAAAGAUCAAUAGAAGGCUACAGUUGGAGCAAGAAAUGGCAGAGGUAAUUGUGUGGUAUAUUUUAUUGCGCUACACUUAAAUGUUUACUGCUGUCUCCUUAUCUGUAGUCCUGGCACAUUAUGGCAAGCAACCUUCUAAUCUAAUUUAAAUUACGUGCCUUACCAAAUAAAUAGUUUUGUAAGUUUUAAAUUCUAACACAUUUAAUAGCUGUGUGCAUGCCAGUGUUGAAUUUGGCAGUACAUUUCAAUUUAAUUUUAGUCCUAGUCUAUUGACUGAAAAGGCCAUUUUAGUUUGUCAUAUUUUAGUCUUCUGAAUUGUUUUCGUUGUAUUUUAGUUGACUAAAUCUCCAGUAGUAAAAUCUGAUGGGUUUAGUUAGUCUCUCUGUCUCUUUUGCCCCAGCCCCUCUAGAUGUCUCUCUCCCAAGCCCUGGUCUGUCUCUUUUUAAACUUCCACAGCCCAUGUGUGCAGUGUUAAUUUUGGCAGCAAAUUUAAAUUUAGUUUUAGUCAUAUUCUUUUGACUAAAAUUCCAUUUUUGUUUUAGUCGUAUUUUAGUCAUCUAAAUUGUUUGUCAACUAAAUCUCAGAAAAAAAUUAGUUGACUAAAAUUGUUAGUCGACAAAAUUAACACUGGUACACACAUUGUAUAUUCAUUAAAUUAAGUGUUGCUUUCUCUCUCUCUCUCUCGCAUCGGUAAAAGACACAUUUUGGAAUGUUGGAAAAUGGGGUUCUGUUAUAGUCCCCAUUCUUUUACCUUUUUAAUGUACCAGAGUAUUUACAAAGCACAUUUUUGAAUUUUCUCUCUUUCCUUUUAUAUGUCUUCUAUUGCUGAUCAUUGACAGCAAGGCAUGUCCAUAGUGAAGCAUUAAGAAUUUGCACUGCCCUAUCAAUGUUACUCCUUGUUCCCUGACAAUUGUAACAAAUAACUCACUUGGUAGAGAAGCAGUUAAGUGGUUGAAUUAUUUUUGGCGUAACCGUGGACUUCUCUCACUGUACCGAGAACAGUUCAGAAAUCCAUCUCAAAUUAGACUGGAUAAAGUGGUGUAAUGGAUUGGCUAUGUUUAGGUGUUAUUUGGGGCACAAUGUAUUUGCAGAUUGUCUAAUUAUGACCUUGGUACAGACAGCUGCGGGGGAAGAAAUAAACUGAGAAUGUGAGGACCUUCCUGUGCUGUCUCCAGUUCUUUUUGUGUAAAUGACAUCUAAACCACUAAAAAUAGCACCUAGAAGGGUAUGUCGCAUAAUGCACUUAGCCAUCAUAUUAAGCAUGGUUGUCCCAGGAAUAGUGUCAAAAACUUUCUUAUUUUGCAUUUUACGUAAGAAAUAAUUCCUGUUUUUAUUUCGAACACUUUUAGUAACUUGAAGGACACACAAAUUUAUAUUGGGGAAGGCGUUUUAAAAUACCUUUUGUUAAAACUGAGUUAACCAGCGUGUUCAGCAGAUAACCACAUUAAAGGGCACUUGAAUAAUAUUCAAGCACAUUAAAUUCAAUGGUCUAGAAAAAUAAUCUUUAAAUGUCUUCUCCAAACUGUACAAACAAUAUCAUGGCAAAAUAAGAGCGUCCUGGAUCUCCCUGAUGGAAAUAUUGUCAGAUAUCAGUCUCCUAUUAUCUCCUUCUACAAACCCCGAUGUUAAAUGCCUGUUGGCCAUAAAUAUACAGUGCAUUAGUACUCCCCUUGCAUAUGUUAAAAUCAAUAUGUGACACACCCAGGAAGGACAGCUGUCACUGACUUCCAUUGAAUUGCGUGACUGCUAUGGAGUUAUUGUUUCUGAGAAAUCAAAGGAGUAUGUUUUCGAAGAGAUGCGUUUUACCUUUCAAAAUGUAUUUCUGGGCAGAACUUUAAAAUAAGUAAUGUGUCAUUAUAAUGUAUGUUCAGGUAAAGGAACACGCAAGGCUGAAUGCAACCUGUAUUUUGUGGAACGUUAUUAAGCAUAAAAAUAAAUCGUAUACAUAUGUUAUUGUACUGCCCACAUGUGCUACGAAUCCACAGGAUUUUUCAUUUCCUCAGUGAAAGGAAGGGACACAGCCAAUCCUGACGCUCUUAUUGUUUUUAAUGGGAGUUAUGCAACCCCUUUAACCCAUAACCUACUUGUCCUCAACAACUUGUACAGAUUCUGCUAAUCAAAUAAAAUGAACUGCUCCAUAUGUGAAUAGAAGCUUCACUGCGGAUUAAUUUUUUUAAAGUUGUCUAUCAGUCGAGACUGUUCACAGCUACAACUUAGGCUCCUUUACAAUAACAAGUGAAGAGUCUGGGUAAACGUUUAUAGUGUGCACGUUUUGAGCAGAGGAAUAAGCACAGAUUCCUUUUAUGAUGUCUGUCAACAAGGACAGUAUUGUAAGCACAUACUUGCGGGUACACUGGAACAGGGAACAUCCUUGCAUGAUAACAUAUUGCUAGAAUUAGUUGUCAUAGUAUUAGAGUACAGGUAGUACAUAUGGCAUAUUACAGUGUCCCUUAAAAUAAAUAAAGAACAAUACAGCACAACUAUGUGAAUGCAAUGCAGUCGAGAUUAAAAAAAGCCAAAAAACCAAACUGGCGUGCAAGAGAAUACGGAGAGCAAACAACAACCCAAAUAUUUUUCCCACCUUAAUGUUGUUGGAAAGACCCUAAAUGCCAGUUAACUGCCUGUGUACACGAGAUACAGCAACCCCUACAAACGAUUUAGCUUUGUUAGACCUCGUCAGUGAGGUGUAGCUGAUACCCCUCUAGGCACAGUGAGCAAGGGUCCUUUUCUGGACUACCCUUUUACCACUGGGAGAGCUGACUAAAAUAAACAGGGGCCAGGAGUAAAAGUUACUAAAACAGGAUUCCAGUAGAAAAUACACAUGUAAGCGAAAAUUGAUCACAUUACAUCCUAUUUUUAACAGAAAAAAAAUUACCUGUAUCCAUAAUACACUCCGUUCAGGUCCGUGAAUUUUAUUCAUUUAUUUACCAUUCAUACACAUAUUUGGUUUCAUUUUUGCAGAUGCUAUGAGAAGGGGUAUUUUGCACAUAUUUGUAGAUUUUAAAGUUCUUAAUGUAAUUGAGUGUAAAGUUCAAUAAGUUUUAGGAGGCUGUCCUAUGAAGCUGUUUUUUGUGUUGGGAUACUUGUAUUUUAUUUAUUUUUUAUUUGUUGUUUUUUUUUUUUUUUUUUUUUUUUUUUUGUAGUGUAUAGGCUUUGAACAGGUGCAUAUGAGGUACCCCAAAGGCAAUCCUCCAGCAUAUUGUACACAUUUAAACAAAGAGGUACAUGGUAUAUAUAACACAUUUUUCGUAAGGAUAGGUUAGGUGAUAAACAAUACAGGUUUUCGUCGUUUAGGUUGCUGCGGCAUUUUCAGAACACUAUGUAACAGCGCUUUACUAUCUAGUCAUAAAAAUUAUUAUGCUGUGUCAAGAGCUAGUGUGUGAGUACAAGCCAAGUUUAAGGGUGAGUUUACAACUUUUAUAGGUACAUAAGGUAUAGGUGCAAAAAUACUAAGUGCUGCAGGAUUGGGAUAUGUCGUGCUAUAUGCCAACCUGAGUUCCAUACUAAUGGCAGGUAGGUGUCUAUAUCCAGUUAUAGCGGUAUGGCCUUAAAGUAGCGGCACGUUUUGUUAAUGAUGUAGGCAAUAUAAACAUAAAAAAUAUAAACCGGCUUCAUUUCACAUUCCUAAAGUUAAACAAAGAUAAUACUUUGGAGGUUAACUAGACACAGGCGUUGAGCAGCAAGCUCACUACUUAGACAGGCUUGGUCUGCCAUGGUGUUAGAGCAUUGUUUAAGUGUUAGCUUUACCCAGAGACUAUUCACAAUGCCACGUCAGCGCAGUAAGGCAGAAAAUAAACUCAGCUUUGGCACUUUCAUGGCAUAAACUUGGCUGCACGUUUGUCGUGCUGGCAUUAUCUAGCUUAAUUUACUAAACAUACAUUGGCUCCAGCCUUAUCGAUAACAGUUGCAUGUCUUACAUGUGAGAGAAAUGCUAAAGUAAAACCAGCCUAACAAACAUGUCAAAGAAUAUGGGUGUUACAUGUGUAAUAGAUUAUUCAAACACUUUAUUUCAAUUGUGAGUGUUCAGGACUCUUGUCAUGCUGUGUUGGUAGGUAAGUAUGGCGAGGGGUAAGGAUGGCACUAGGCAGAGUCUCACAUGUGUGGAUCACCCUACCCCCACUCUCACCACAUUAGUCCCACUGCAGGACCGAGGUCCAGAGGUUCUCCUCCCGGCAAGCUGUAGAUGGGCUCUUUGCCGGUUUGGUCCACCGGUCGGCAACCCUGUUGUGUUAUGAGCGAUGGCUCAUUGGGAUUUGUGUGUCCCCUUGUGCGGAUUUACGCCUUGCCGUUUGGCUGCUGCUGGGACCGCUGAGUGGUAGGCAGGUCGUGUGCACCGGCGGGUUCGUCUCCGAAGCCUGGGAGCGUGAUUGGUGCUGUCUGGGGAGCAUGGCGACGCUUCCCGCUCUGCUGUUCUGCGGUUCCGUUGCCAGCGGGAGGCUGCUCUAUAUUCCCGAGGAAUAUUCCCCCGCAGGAAGCGCCGGGUAGCCGGGCGGAUCCACGCCUCCAUCUAACUGCCGAGCCGUUCGUAAAAUUCCGGAGUGUGCUUGGGUGGUGCAGUGAGUGUGUGCCUUGUCUUUGUCUGCUUCUGUGCUGCCAUCUUGUCUAGGCCCUGACUGUCCUGGGUGCAUGAGAGUUUUGUCGCUUGGGCUGUCAGCGAUGUGGGGGUAUUCAUCCCCAGCGAGGACCGGGAUGUCCCCCGCCGGUCCAGAGAGGGGGGGGCAGCAGGGCUGUUGUGUGCUCUCGUUUGUGAGCGCGUCCCGAGCCGGGGAAUCGGCCGCCUCCCCCAGACCUCAGUUCACGCUCUGGUGUAGGCCGCAUGGCCGGUGUUGGUUUUUCCCCGGCGCUCCGGUGCUGGGCCGGUAUAGGUUUGUAGCUCAUGUGUUCCUGUGUUUGGUGCCGUUUGCCACUAGCACUUUUGGAUCGCUCGUUAUGGUAAUUCUUUUACCCGCUGCUGCAGGAGCUCUCAGCAUGUGCGGCUGGCCAUUUUGGCUGUCAGGCCCCGCCCCCCGUGCCUUUUAUUUUGUCAAACAAAUUAGGAGACCAUAAUUAAAGCUGCUUUGUCACUUUCACGGAUUAUUUUUUGGGUAAAUUAAUUUGUUUUGUUUAGUUUUAAUUUUAAGAGUGUGCGCGUGAAUCAAGGUAUAGUAAUGAAGUACACGCAGGUACCACAAGAAUGAAAUAAACAAGGCAAAACAUAAGUGAGAAACAUAGAUUCGAGGAUCUUAUUGUUUUUCCCACAGGUCCCCAAAAGUGACAGAUCCAUUGUGGAUCUGGUGCUAAGGGUUGCAAGGGGAGGUAGUUUUACUUGCUAUAAGCUGUCCCUUGUGGCUGCUGUCAUCUUCAUGCUGCUGUCCUCUUUGGUUCCUUGUGCUUCAUUUGCCAGGAACCGGGUAAGUGCUGUACUCUCUUGUAAGGUCUAUCGAGGACCUUCAUAAGAUGGCUGCUGGAAUAAAAUGACAUUUAGAAUUGUGUUGUCUAAGAACUAUGACAAACUAAAAUUUAAAAGAACACUAUGGGGUCAAGAACACAAACCUAUUCCUGACCCAUAGUGCUAAAACCACCAUCUAACCCACCUUGCCCCUAUUUUUAUAGUAAAAUCUUAGCUUUAUUCCAGUCUGCUGCUGCUGGCUCUGUCCCUGAUCUGCCUCCUUGGCUGAGAUCAUUAGAAGUGAUGAUCUGAGCCAAUCACAUUGGUUUGGCUGGGCUUGUCAAGGAGGGCAGAUUAGGGGCAGAGCAAGCACAAGCCAAACACAGCAUUGAAUCAAUGCAUCUCUAUGAAGUAAGUUCAGUGUCUCCAUGCAGAGGGUGGAGACACUGAAUGUCAGUCACAUUAUGCAGCACUACCCCAGGAAGCACCUCUAGUAGCCGUCUGAGAAGUUGCCAGUGGAGUUAUCACUAGGCUGUAGAGUCAACACUGCAUUUUCUCUGAAAAGACAAUGUUGACUGCAACAAGCCUGAAGGCAAUGAUUAAACUCACCAGAACAAAUACAAUCAGCUGUAGUUGUUCUGGUGACUAUAGUCUCCCUUUAACCCCCUGAAGACCGCAGGGCGGUCUAUGCCGUCCCUAUUUUGAUGGCUCUAAACGCCGCAGAGCGACAUAGAAUGCCCUGCGAUCUUAUGUACUUACCCGGACGCCGACGUUCGCAGUAUGGGGACUUACCUGGGAGCCCAGGGAGUCCCCCUCCGUCCUCUUCAGCCCCCCUGGGCCAUGUGAUCGUGAGGUCCAAGGCAUUGCCAGCAGGGGGAGUGCCAGGUACUCCCCCUGCUGCCUGAAAAAUGAAUAAAUAUAGAUUAAAACAGUGUAAAAUUAAAUAUAUACUUAGAAUAUAUAUGUGUGAGUGUGCGCGUGUGUGUAUGUAUGUGUAUAUAAUAUAUAUAGUGUGUGUGUGUAUAUAUAUGUAUAUGUGUGUGUGUAUAUGUGUAUAUAUAUAUGUGUGUGUAUGUAUGUAUGUAUGUAUAUAUGUAUGUAUAUAUAUAUAUAUAUAUAUAUAUAUAUAUAUAUUUUUUUUUUAUGGUGUGUGUGUGUGUGUGUAGCUUGACGCUCUCCUUAUCUGUAUAUCCGCCUGGGUGCGUCCAAUAUGUAAACGAAAAAGAAUCCAGGAUGCACUCACAGGUCUUGGUGAAAUGUUUUUGAUUUUAUUUAAAUAAUGUGCAUACAGCAAAAAGAACCGAUGUUUCGACCCCUGCGGGUCUUUUUCACACGUGUAUGUGUGUAUGUGUAUGUGUAUAUGUGUAUGUGUGUGUGUGUGUGUGUGUGUAUGUAUAUAUAUAUAUAUAUAUAUAUAUGUAUAUAUAUAUAUAUGUGUGUGUAUAUAUAUUUAUGUAAUAACUUUACAUAAUUAGGUCAUUUUAUUAAUUACAAUUUGCAGGACCUGUCUGACAACCCAGGCCGAAAGUUCAGGGAAUUAAUUUGCUAGCACUAUAUUUAACCCUGUAACUUUCCAAGACACCAUAAAACCUGUACAUGGGGGGUACUGUUUUACACGGAAGACUUAGCUGAACACAAAUAUUAGUCUUUCAAAACAGUAAAAUGUAUUACGAUAUCGACAGUGAUAGUGACAUUUUUUGCAUUUUUCAUACACAAAUGGCACUUACACUGACGAUAUAAUUGUUGUGAUACGUUUUACUGUUUUGAAACACUAAUAUUUGUGUUCAGCUCUAGUCUCCCGAGUAUAACAGCAUCCCUCAUGUAUAGGUUUUAUGGUGUUUUCAAAAGUUAGAGUCAAAUAUAAGGCUUGUGUUUCAGUUUUUUCACAUAAAAAUUUGCCAGGUUGGUUAUGUUGCCUUUGAGACCGUACGGUAGCCCAGGAAUGAAAAUUACCCCCAUGAUGGCAUACCAUUUGCAAUAGUAGACAACCCAGGGUAUGGAAAAUGGAGUACGUUCAGUCUUUUUUAGUAGCCACUUAGUCACAAACACUGGCCAAAAUUGGCGUCCAGAUUAGUUUUUUGCAUUUUCAGAUAUUAACGCUAACUUUGGCCAGUGUUUGUGACCAAGUGGCUACUAAAAAAGACUGGACAUAACCCAUUUGCAAUACCUUGGGUUGACAUCUUUUGCAAAUGGUAUGCCAUCAUGGGUGUAAUUCUUAUUCCUGGGCUACCAUAUGGUUUUAAAGGCAAUGUAACCAAUCUGGCGAAUUUCAAUGUGAAAAAACUGUAAAAUGUAACACGCUAUAUUUGACCCUGUAACUUCCCAAAACACCAUAAAACCUGUACAUAGGGGGUACUGUUUUACACGUGAGACAUCGCUGAAUACAAAUAUGUGUAUUUUAUUGCAGUAAAAGCAAACCGUAUUAUGACAUUCACAGUUAAAAUGUCAUGUAGAACUAAGAAAAUUUAAAAAAAUCUUAUUUUUUCCCAUUUAAAAAAAAAAUAUUUUAUUCAUAUUAAAAUAUGUUCCAUACCUAAAUAUCUGAUUUUAAAUUGAAGCUCUGUUUCCCCUGAAUAAAAUGAUAUAUAAUAAGUGUGGGUGCAUUUAAUAUAAUAGAGGUGAAUUACGGUUGGACAGACAUAUAGCGCAAAUGCCAGGUUUUGUUUACGUUUUGUUUUUAUCACAACUUGUACAUUUGGCUGCAUUCUUAAGGGGCUAAUAUGAAUUGUGUUUGUUGUUACCCCAGUGUAAUGUGGUUGAAAACAAAACUUAGUUAACUGAGAAAAACACUAUGUACUAGGGUACUUUAUCAGAGCCAAAUAUGUUAUCAAUGUAGAUAGUGUAGUACGGCUUAAUCAUUGGUACACCUGCAGAAUAUAUUCGCUUUAACAAGUCAAUGAUAGGAUGAUUCCAUCCCUUAAUCCGUUUUAGUAUAUGCGUUAUUUAACUAAUUCACAUCGUUAGCAUUACUGUUUAUCAGAUCAUUUUAUUUUUGCUGUCACUAGAUUGGGACAGGAGGCUUUUUGAAUUAUUCCCACUUUACCUUUUCCUCUUUAAUGCAACAAUAGUUCUUGGUAUGUGUCCAGGUGCUCUCUGUGUCAACCCCUCCCUAACAACUGGAAUUUUUAGAAUGUUCUUGUUUGAAAAAAAAAAAAAUUACUUUCUCUUUCUGUCUGACUCUUGUUUCUAGUGAACUUUCUGAGCAGCUUAUGAAUGCAGCAUCUUUUACUAUUAAUACUUUCUUUAGGUCUUCUGAGCAAAGGAAAGAACGGAAAUGGCUUUAUUCUUUUUAGUUUUAUUAUCUACUAAUGAUUCCAAAUACUGAUUUUUGUGCUUCUGUUCCACAGGCUGGCCUCUGCGAAGCUGUCCAAGAGCAAAUGCGGAAAAUCCUUUAUCAGAAGGAGUCCAACUACAACAGACUAAAACGGGCCAAAAUGGACAAGUCCUUGUUUGUAAAGAUAAAGACAUUGGGCAUUGGUGCUUUUGGUGAAGUGUGCCUGGCAAGCAAAGUGGACACUAAAGCUCUGUAUGCUAUGAAAACCCUGAGAAAGAAGGAUGUGCUGAACCGAAAUCAGGUGGCUCACGUGAAAGCAGAGCGAGAUAUCCUGGCCGAGGCGGACAAUGAGUGGGUUGUGAAACUCUACUACUCCUUCCAGGAUAAGGACAACUUGUACUUUGUGAUGGAUUAUAUUCCGGGUGGGGACAUGAUGAGUCUCCUUAUACGUAUGGAGGUGUUUCCAGAACACCUUGCCAGGUUCUAUAUUGCAGAACUGACUCUCGCCAUUGAAAGUGUUCACAAGAUGGGAUUUAUUCACAGGGACAUUAAGCCGGACAACAUUCUCAUAGACUUGGAUGGUCAUAUCAAACUGACAGAUUUUGGCCUUUGUACUGGAUUUAGGUGGACCCACAACUCCAAAUAUUACCAAAAAGGUAAAAAGAUGCACUUUGAGCAUGUUAAUGCGCAAGAGUGCUAUUUAAUUGUGCUGCUAUCCAUUGUGCCAAGCAAUCCUGAAUCAUGUGAAUUUUGUUCAUUCUUUAAAGAUGUCUUUUCUUUAUCAUUUCAUCAAGGUUCAUGUUUUGUUCACAUUGCCGUUCUUUGCACAAUAAGUCAAUGUUUAGGGGUUGUUUUUGUGAACAAUAAUUUGCUGGAAGUACAUAGUUUGAAAAAAGUUUGAGGAACUCUGGCCUACAGCGUUUAUGGUCUCUUCUGCACUUUCCGUUCAUGCAGUUCUAUGUUGUCAUCUGUUCUUUAAAGGUUACUCCAUGCACCAUUACCACUUCAGUGAUUUAAAGUGUACAUGGUGCCUGGAGUAUGUAUCGUUUUCAUUAUGAAGCACUGCAUGAACUGCAUUUAAUUACUUUUUUGCUGGAGGUAUUACUCGACCUCCGGCAGUGUCAUUGGGUCAUCAUUAGCCAGCUCAGAGCAAGAGUUCCCGGCCGGUAAUGCCAAUUCUGUGCAUAUUCUACAUCUGAGAUAAGUAUGCAGGAAUCCAAUAGCAGCAUGGCCCCCCAUGUCCUCCCUCCUCAGAGGGGGAGGAUCUGGCUAAGUAGAACUUUAUAUAAUGAAUGUCAAAAAUGCUAGAAUGAUCGAUUAUAACUAAACAUUUAUUAAGAAAAACACUGAUUUUGGUAAGAGAACCAUUCCUAUGGUGCUCUUUAAAUAAUUGUUUGGUGUAGGAUGGUUCUCUACUAUUCAAAAUCAGUGUUUACGGUUAUAAUGUUCAGUAUUCUAGCAUUUUUGCUAGAAUAUUGUUUGGUUUUUUUUUUCUUACGGGAUAAUUUUGUACAUUUCAGUUCUGCUGAUGGAAAUUGGAUCAAUGUGUCUUUGAUCUUGUCUUUAUUUGCUACCUCCCCUCUAGGAAGCCAUAUCAGACAAGACAGCAUGGAACCAAGUGAACUUUGGGAUGAUGUGUCAAACUGCAGGUGCGGAGACCGGCUAAAGACAUUAGAACACCGUGCCAAGCGACAGCACCAGAGGUGUCUGGCUCAUUCAUUAGUUGGGACACCAAAUUACAUUGCACCGGAGGUCCUUCUGCGAAAAGGUAAGUCUGACUUUUCUAAAUCCCUAAUUUUUGUUUUUUUUAGGUUUCUUAAAGGACCCAUUCAAAAAUGAAAUGGAUGGGACACAAUUAGGGAAGCCCUCCUAGCAAAAUAUUGAGCAGAUUGUGUGAAUGGAGUUACAGCUGAAAAUAAUUGGCUGUGUAGAUGGACCCAAGCAAAAUUUCUUCAUAAAUUAGAUGUUAUUAUUUGGAAUACAGUGUCACAAGUGUGUCAUCUGAUUUUUAAAUAGAAUCCUAAAGUAUCCAAUGUAAGGACACUCAGAACAUUAGCUGUGCUAGUUACAGAUAGGAAGGGGUUGUGUGAUCAACAUGAGAUUGAUGAUCAGUUGAUUGAAUUAUGGAGAAGCAGCAUUAAAGAGGCAGGAGGUGAAGGGUUUUGUGGAGUGCAAGAGAAGUCAGUCAAGGGUGGUGCAAAGGCACUGAUUUUGUAGGUUAAUGGUUUCUUCUUUAACCUAAACAGAGGCUGAUUUUAGGUCAAUGCUUGAAGGAGGAAUGAGAAGGUUUAUUUUGGAAUGAUAUUAUCUUUGCUAGCCUGUCCUGAUUUGCCGUGUUACCCCUUAUUUGUGUGUUGUCAUUGAAUGGUGUGUGCAACAAAACAGAGUUCCAAAUUGAUCAUUGAAGGUGUGCUGCUUUUAAUGUUAUUUGGAAUGUGCCUGUCUGUACCGUGUACAUUGUGCAUGGUGAUUGCAAUAACAUCAUUACUCUAGUUGCUUGCAGUGGUAUUUUAAUAUUUUUCUUUUGUAACUAUGAAACACACUGAAUUUGAACGACUGGUAACCUGUUUUUUGCUUUUGUUUUUUUCCAUUGUCCCGCAGGUUACACUCAACUCUGUGAUUGGUGGAGUGUUGGUGUUAUUCUCUAUGAGAUGCUGGUGGGACAGCCUCCUUUUUAUGCCCCCACCCCAACCGAAACGCAACUGAGGGUGGGUAUAUUAAUAUGGAAGUUUGUCUGUAACUAGUUUCAGGGCUAUCGCCAUCACAUAGGUCUGCUGUGCAGGACCAGCUCACCUUUCAUUUUUUGAACCGAUUUGGCCUAAUGUUAACACUGCACAAAUAAAUAUUCCUUCUGACAAUCUAUAUUAGCUGAUAUGUGAUCUUAAUACUGAACUAUAAUCCAUUGUCUUUUCAAACCAGUCUUUUACUUUCAAUGUCUGUCUUUCCAGGUAAUAAACUGGGAAAACAGUCUACAGAUUCCCUCCCAGGUCAAGUUAAGCCCAGAGGCAGCUGACCUUAUUACCAAGUUAUGCUGCUCGCCUGACAACAGACUGGGGAGAAAUGGGGUGGAUGAAAUUAAGGCUCACGCUUUCUUCAGCUCAAUCGACUUUUCUGCUGAUUUCCGUCGCCAACCGGCACCUUAUGUCCCAAAAAUUAGCCACCCAACGGAUACCUCCAAUUUUGACCCAGUGGAAGAAGAGAGUCCCUGGAAUGAUAGUGGUGAUAGUACCAUGACAUGGGAGGCACUCAUGUGCCCUACCAAUAAACAUACUGAACAUGCAUUCUAUGAGUUCACGUUCCGGAGGUUCUUUGAUGACAAUGGCUAUCCUUUUCGAUACCCAAAACCUUCUAGGAUGGAAUGUUCUCCUAACGAAGAAACCCAGGAGGAACAUAAUGUUUCAGCUAAAGAAAUGGAAGGCUGCCAGCCUGUAUAUGUAUGAAAUCAAAUAUUGGAUAUUGUAAACCUGAAUUGCCAUCAGAGGGUGGAGCCCACUUAUACCCUUAAAGGCAAUUCAAACUAUGUCUGUUACCUUUGUUUUUAAUAAGGGCAUAUUUCUACAGACUAUGUGAAACAUUUGUUUAUAUUAUUUGGCAAUAUAUGUCCAUUCUUGACAGUACAGCGAGCAGUAUUGAUUUUCUCAAGAACCGAAAACCUAUUUGGACAAAAAUGGUGCAAUAAAACAGUUAUUCUGUUGCUCACAAUGGGAUUUUAAUAUUAUAGUUUUAUACGUAUGAGAUGAAAUCUCCCAAUUUGUGCCUUUUCUAUGUAAGGGCUUUAGUGAUUUUUAUAUCCAUUUUGGUGCCAAUCUCCUGAGAGCUGCUGGUGGUGACCAGAGGGUUUAGUUGGUUAUUUAAUGUAGGGGAGAAAUUGUUGGUUUUGUGUUUUAGUUUCUAGAGGUUCUACAAUGAAGGAUGGUGGAUUUAUGGGAAGACCGUUGUAUUAAGUUCAUACUAUAGCAGAAUCUGAUAUACUCAAUGGUCCCUAGAUAUUUCCUUCAGAACACACCACAAGAUACAUUUUUUUUUUUUUAAACAGAUGGAAUUUUGUGGUAAAAAGUAUAGUUACAUUCUAUCUCCUACAGAGUUAAAGUAUGCGAAGAUGCCAACGGAAUGUAAUCCGGAUCAUUGAAAGCUUUACAAAACCCAUUACGGCAAGCUGUGUUGUACAAAGUGGUCCACUGCUUUCAAAAUGCAUUUUAGUCUGUCUACUUUGGGUUUCUCAUAAAGGUUUUGAGAUCUCAUAUUAUUUAUUGAUGAAAUUAAGCAUUUGAACAUUAUUCCAAGCGCAGGGUUUACCUGCUGAGUUUGGACUGUCCUGUUGCGUGCAUUUUCCAGGCGCGUAUUUAUGACCAAUUUAACAAUGCUUGAUUUUCUUCAUGAGGCCUAGUGAGCUAGAUUUUGAUAUAUUUACAGCUGUUUCUGUGAGGAAAACAUCACUUUUGUUCUGUGACUUAUAAAUCCUUCUUACUACUUGCCGCUCCAUAAACCCUGAACAUGUAAUCUUCAUAACGGUCUCCAAGAUAUUUGUACGCUAAAGGAAUUCAGUCAUUUUUUUUUCAUCCUAUAAUAUACAAUUACAAUAGGUGUAUCUGUUUCUAGACUUUUCUGUGCAUCUUACACAAUAACUAUUAUUUAGAACGAGCACUUAAGUAAUUUCUAAUACUCAUUUUGUAUUACUGUUAUGAAAGAAACGUAAUUGUGCUGUUGCUUAUUAUUGUAAGCCUUUGCCAUUUAUUCAGACUUUUAUAAUGUUAGUCUUUACAAGCGUUUUGAGGACAUGUUAAACCGGAAAUAUGGAUCACUGUGCAUCAGCUAUACUGUAUAGUAUAGCUUGGGAUAGUAGUCAUGUUACAUGCAAUCUUCGGGAGUUGUUACAUUUUUAUGUGCAAAGGGAAUGUGGCAAGUCAUGAAAUUGGAAAAAUGUUCUAUUAGAAAAUGUAUUUUAAAUGAGGUGUCCGGUUACUUAACUGCCGGUAUUGGUUCCAGUUUAUUCUCAUCUGGUGUUAUGAUUGGUGCAACUGGACCUCUGGCUCAUUUUACUUUAGUUAAAUAAACUCCACCCAUCCUUAAAUAGGAUUCUAUCGGUUGGUUAUACUAAGGCUGGGAGUUCUUGGUUCCAAUCAAUGUUUGAAUAACUGGUUGGAAUCUUUGUAAUACCUGGUGAGAUUAUGAUUAAAAAGGAACAGUCACUUCUCUGGAAGUUACAUCAAUAAAUGAUUGAAAAUGACAUUAUUUGUGUUAACACUUUUUCAUGAGAUACUCUGUUUUCUUUUACAUUUAUAUUUAAAGGGUUACUCCAAGCACCAUGACCACUUCACUACAUGGGCAGUGUUUCAGUAUGUAAUGCUGCACAUACUGAGAUAUUCAGUUUUGCUGACCAUGGUGCAUUUCACCUAUGGCAUCGGUGUCCCAACGGUUUUCACAGAAGUAGAAACAGACUGCAGGUUUUGAGAUGAGAUGUAAGGUUAGUAUUCUCUUUAAUUUCUCUUUUUAUUUGAGGGGAAAAAAGCUGGCAAGCUUGGAUUACUACAGGGAAAAAACCUGUUUUUAGUUUAAAGAAAUUCAACAUAUCGUUAGGAAUACAAGCCCCUCCUAUUCGCCUUAGAAUAAGGUUUUACUCACCUUUUUUCCAGCAUCUUCCCCUCUGCCUCCCACAUAAAUGAGGAGGCAUGGCCUCCUCCGGUAAUCGUAUAAUACAAUGCCCUCAUAGAGGACCAUUGGGGACCUGUUGCACAUGCACAAUAAGCAUUGUGGGUGUUUACAAGCUGCCCUACAGGAAAGUUUUAUUCUGCCAGCACAGCGGAAGUGCCUCUAAUGGCUGUCGGUAUGACCGCCGCAAGAGGUGGAUUUAAAGGGUCACUCUAGGUCCAAUUCCGUGAUUUGAAAGUGGUCAUGGUGGUGUAGCAGUGUUUCAACUUGAAACACUGUACAUACGGAGUAAUCUCCACUUUUUUACGUUGGCAAGUUACACUCCUAGUACACGUGACUUAGGCAGCCCAGAACUCUAUUCGCAUGCACUCUGAGCUGGCUAAAUGGUCCAAAUAUAGUCUUCUCUAUGAGAAACCUUUGAUUGAACCUUGCACAGCUGCCCUUAAUUUACAAAGAGGUGUGGAUUCUUUUUUAAUUAACAGGGGGUUCUGGUCCUCAAGUAUAACGCCAAUAGGGCAUUUUACUUUGAAAACAGAAACUUAAAAAAAAAAAGGUUGGAGUACCAUGUUAACCCAAGUUUCUAAAAAAAUAAGUGAAUAUAAAAUGCAAUGUUUUACAUUGCAGGGUUAAAAUGACAGGACCACUUCAUGAAGAUGAAGUGGUCUGGGGUGAUAUUAGUGGUCCGUUAAGCCUUUUAAGAUUUAGAUAAUUACAUCACAUUCCAGGGCAAACACUGCAAAUUAAAGGACCACUAUAGUGCCCUGAGGGUGCCACCACCCUCAGGGACCCCCUCCCGCCCGGCUCUGGAAGGGGGGAAAGGGGUUUAAACUUACCUUUUUCCAGCGCUGGGCGGAGAGCUCUGCUCCUUCGAUCCGCCCCGUCGGCUGAAUGCGCACGCGCGGCAAGAGCUGCGCACGCAUUCAGCCGGUCACAUAGGAAAGCAUUCAUAAUGCUU